UCCCAGCCUUGCCUCGGGUGUAGGGAUUGCUUGGGGAAAAGCAAAACUACACGGAUACCAACCUGUGUAGUUUUGUUUUUUUUGGGAAUAUUCUCGAGGCUCAACCGUUCUCACACUGGAUUUUGGAAAACAUUUCUGGAUACGGAGCUUGUUUCAGAAGAUUAACACCUCUGUGGGCUCUGUCCCUACAGUUCAAGGCACCCUUGUGGAUACAAGGUGCCAACCAUCAUGACAACACAGGCGCCAACAUUUACACAGCCGCUUCAGAGCGUUGUGGCACUUGAGGGUAGUGCCGCAACGUUCGAAGCCCAAAUUAGUGGUAAUCCAGUUCCUGAGGUGAGCUGGUUUCGUGAUGGCCAGGUUCUUUCUACUGCCGCUCUGCCCGGCGCUCAGAUCUCGUUCAGCGAAGGCCGCGCUGUUCUGAGGAUCCCCGCCGUGACAGCCGCACACAGUGGAAGAUUUUCUGUGAGAGCCACCAAUGGCGCUGGACAAGCCACUAGCACUGCUGAACUCCUGGUUACAGCGGAAACUGCGCCACCCAACUUUAUUCAGAGACUACAAAGCAUGACUGUGAGACAAGGAAGCAAAGUGAGACUGGAUGUCCGCGUGACAGGAAUCCCUACACCUGUGGUGAAGUUUUACAGAGAGGGAGCUGAGAUUCAGAGCUCAGCUGACUUUCAGAUCGUUCAAGAUGGAGACCUUUACAGUUUGUUGAUUGCCGAGGCUUUUCCUGAAGACUCUGGUACAUACUCAGUUACUGCCUCUAACAGCAGUGGACGUGCCACUUCAACUGCAGAACUACUGGUUCAAGGUGAAGAGGAAGCUGUGCCUGCUAAGAAAAUUAAGACAGUCAUUUCAAGCUCUCAGAUUUCACAGGCCCGCCAAACCAGAAUGGAAAAGAGAAUGGAAACUCACUUUGAGGCUGCUUCCAUGCAAAUGCAAGUGGAAGGAGGUAUUCUGGCUCAACAGAUGGCCCACAAGACUCCACCACGUGUGCCGCCCAAACCCACCUCCAAGUCUCCUCCAUCUCUUGUGACUAAAAUUUCAGUUACUCGUCAACAGUCACCUUCUCCUGUGAGGCAUGUGAAGGCACCCACACCGACUCCUGUCAGAACUGUAUCCCCCUCCACAAGACUGUCCAUAUCACCAAUCAGACCUGUCAAGUCCCCAGUGAUGACCCGAAAACAGGUUACACAGACCACAGAGGUCCUGCCUCCAUGGAAACAGGCGGGAUAUGUGUCUGAGUCUAGCUACGUUGCCAGCAUGGCAGCUAGGGCUGCACAGGUUCAAACCACUACCCAGAUCCGCACAGAGCAGCGCUGGGAAGGUGGAAUCACCAUGCAGCAACAAGUCAGCGGUGUCGCUGUCAAAGAGAUCAAGCACAUUUCAUCCAUGACACUUCUUGAGCAGGAUAAUGCAAGAGAGGCCACUGCUUCUCUCCCAGAACACACAACAACUAUGGAAACAACCUCUAGCCAUUACACAUUUACCUCUCAGGAACAGGGUGAUGGGAAAAAGGCUGGAGCUGUGGCCACAGUGCUUGCUGCGGUGGAUCAAGCACGUGUACGAAAACCUGUGCAUGUUGAGAGUGCUUUGGCUGAAGAGGAAACUGACAUUAAACAACAGGCAAUGCUCAGUGCUAAGCAACAGGCUGCAAGUCAAAUGGAGGUUUUGCAAAUUCCCAGUGAUAUAUCGAGCAUUUCCACCGAGCAGAAAGUUCAAGUCAGCCAGAUCCAAAGAACUACUGAGGUUAAGGCCCAGGUGGAUUCUGGCCUUGCCCCAUCCCCAGUUCCUCAUUUCACAGUUUCAAAAGUUACUGUUCCUAAACCUGAACAUAGCUAUGAGGUCUCAAUAGCUGGUUCUGCUAUUGCCACACUUCAGAAAGAGUUGUCUUCCACUCAUACUGCUCAAAAGAUCAUCAAGCCUGUCAAGCCUCCGACAUAUAAGAUUGUGGAGACAAGAGUGACUCCAGAACCCACCCCUCCUCCAUUUAGAGAUGUCACUGAGAAAUAUCAGUUGCAUUUCGACACAGACUUUCAGAGACAGAUAGGUGCUUCAUAUACAGGGGAAUGGGAGACACAGGUUCUUGAAACAGCUGCAGUUCCCUCAGUUGCCAAGGAGCCAAGUAUUCCACCAACUGUUGUUGCUGGCUUGAAGAACAUGACUGUUACUGAGGGAGAGUCUGUGACUCUGGAGUGCCAGAUCUCAGGUCAACCCACACCAGUUAUUAUGUGGUUCAGAGAGGACUACAGGAUUGAAAGCUCUAUUGACUUCCAGAUCACAUAUGAGCAAGGAUAUGCCCGUUUAUUGAUCCGUGAGGCCUUUGCUGAGGAUAGUGGACGUUUCACUUGUACUGCUACAAAUGAGGCUGGGACAAUCAGCACCUCAUGCUACCUGCUUGUUAAAGUAUCCGAGGAGAUUGAGACCCGAGCAGAGAUUACUACAGAGAAACAGGCUAUUAUUAAGACUAAAGAAGUGGCUACAGCUGAAAUCAGCGUGGUCUCUGAGACCGUGGAAGCUGCAGCAGCUGCAGCACCAUUCUUUGUGAAGAAGCCACUUUCACAAAAACUUGUGGAAGGUGGCAGUGUUGUGUUUGUUUGCCAGAUUGGAGGCAGCCCCAAACCUCACAUCUACUGGAAGAAAAAUGGUGUCCUGCUCACAUCAGGAUACAGAUAUCGUGUAAGUUACAAUAAGGACACUGGAGAAUGCAAGCUAGAAAUCUCCAUGACAUUUGCUGAUGAUGCUGGAGAGUAUACUAUCUCUGCCAAGAACCAGCAUGGAGAGGUAUCUACCUCUGCAAGACUUCUUGAGGAAGAGGAAUAUGAAGCUUAUAUAAAAACCCUGGAUGUGACAUACAAAACAGAAGUGACCACUACAGUGAUUCAGGAGCCCAAAGUUGCGGAUUUGCCCCCUCUGGUCUUAAGUGAAUACGAAAUGCAGAGAAGGAUGGCUCAACAAGCACAAAUGACGACAUUCAUAUCAGAGAGGGAAUUCCAGAUCUCUGCUCUUGAGCAGAGAAUCAUUCAAGAGAUUGAGAUCAGGAUCCUCAAGAUUACAUAUCGUGAUCUGGUUAUUGAGGAUGGAGAGGAAAUGCUGUUAAGUGCAGCUGAGCAUGAGGCAGUGGGAUCUGCUUUUAGCACCCCUGUCAAAAGCUACAGAAUCAUGGAGGGAAUGGGUGUGACAUUCCAUUGCAAAAUGGAAGGAAAUCCCUUGCCGAAGAUUGCAUGGUACAAAGAUGGCAAGCGCAUCAAACAUGGAGGCCGUUAUCAGAUGGAGGUUCUUCAGGAUGGUAGAGCCACUCUGCGUCUUCCUGUGGUGCUGCCAGAAGAUGAGGGAGUCUACACAGCAUUAGCUAGUAACAUGAAGGGUAAUGCUGUCAGCUCCGGAAAACUCUAUGUGGAAUCCACAGCUGCUGCUCAGCCUUUUUAUCCUCAGACAGAAGCAAUGAAGAGAGUACAGUCUGAAUCCCCCAUGUCUGCCCGCUCCAUUAGUCUCUCCCCUGGACGUUCCCCUGCACGUUCUGUUAGCCGUUCUCCUGCUCGCAGGCUGGAUGAAACAGAUGAGACCCAGCUGGAAAGGCUUUACAAACCUGUGUUUGUCAUGAAACCAUCAUCCUUCAGGUGUGCCGAAGGACAGACUGCAAGAUUCGAUUUGAAAGUUGUUGGAAGACCCAUGCCUGACACUUUUUGGUUCCACAACGGACAACAAGUGGUGAAUGACUACACCCACAAGAUUGUGGUGAAGGAGGAUGGAACACAGUCCAUGAUUGUGGUGCCUGCUAUGCCUCAUGACUCUGGAGAAUGGACAGUUGUUGCUCAGAAUAGGGCUGGAAAAACUACUGUCUCUAUGACUCUAACUGUAGAAGCUAAGGAAAACUUGAUUAGACCACAGUUCAUUGAAAAGCUAAGGAAUGUCAGUGUCAAGGAAGGAACCUUGGUUGAGUUGGCUGUCAAAGCCAUUGGAAACCCACUCCCUGACAUUGUCUGGCUGAAAAACAGUGACAUAGUCUCUCCUCAUAAGUAUCCAAACAUUAAGAUUGAGGGAACCAAGGGGGAAGCACGUUUCAAAAUUCCCCAAACUGCUGGUUCUGACAGUGCAUGGUACACCGCUACAGCAAUUAAUAAAGCUGGACGAGAUACCACCCGCUGCCGUGUCAAUGUUGAGGUGGAGUACACUGAACCUGAACCAGAAAGAAAACUCAUUAUUCCUAAGGGAACUUACAAAGCUAAAGAAAUUGCUGCACCAGAGUUGGAGCCACUGCAUCUCCGUUAUGGUCAGGAACAAUGGGAGGAGGGUGACCUUUAUGACAAGGAGAAGCAGCAGAAGCCACACUUCAAAAAGAAACUGACCUCAGUAAGACUCAAGCGUUUUGGUCCUGUACACUUUGAAUGCAGACUCACCCCUAUAGGUGAUCCCACAAUGGUUGUUGAGUGGCUACAUGAUGGCAAGCCCCUGGAAGCUGCCAACAGGUUACGCAUGAUUAAUGAAUUUGGCUAUUGCAGUCUGGACUAUGAGGUUGCAUAUUCCAGAGACAGUGGUGUGAUCACAUGCAGAGCCACCAACAAAUUUGGUGUUGACCAGAACUCAGCCACCCUGAUUGUGAAAGAUGAAAAGAGCCUUGUUGAGGAAAGUCAGUUGCCUGAGGGUAGGAGGGGACCGAGAAUAGAUGAAUUAGAGCGCAUUGCUCAUGAGGGAGCUCCUGCCGGUGUUACCGGAGAUGAAAUCACUGAAAAAUCUAAGCCUGAGAUUGUCCUACUUCCAGAGCCCAUUGCAGUAUUGGAGGGGGAAACUGCUAAAUUCCGUUGUAGAGUAACUGGAUACCCAACCCCAAAAGUCAACUGGUACCUGAAUGGAAAGCUUAUUCGCAAGAGCAAAAGAUUCAGACUACAGUAUGAUGGCAUUCACUACCUUGAGAUUGUGGACUGUAAGUCUUAUGACUCAGGAGAUGUCAAAGUUGUGGCAGAGAACCCUGAGGGAACUGCAGACAAUAUUGUGAAGCUAGAAAUCAAACAGAAGGAGGAUUUCAGGUCAAUCCUGCGACGUGCUCCUGAGAUUAAGGCUCCAGAAGGUCCUGGCCCUGAGCAUGGCAGAGUAUCUUUUGAUGUUGUUAAGGUGGAUAAACCUACUGAGACCUCACAAGCUAAAGAGGUUGUCAAGCUAAGGAGGGCUGAGAGAGUUGUUCAUGAGAAGCCUACCGAAGAGACAGAGGAAUUAAGAAGCAAAUUUAAACGCAGAACUGAAGAAGGCUACUAUGAGGCCAUUUCCUCAGUGGAGUUUAAAUCUCGCAAGAAGGAUGAGUCCUAUGAAGAGAUGCUGAAGAAGAGAAAGGAGGAGCUUCUGCACUGGACUAAGGAGAUACCUGAAUCUGAGAAGAAGAAGAUGGAAGAGGAGCGCAAACUUACCAUUCCUACCAUCAAGCCUGAGAAAAUAACUCUUUCUCCUAGUAUGGAGGCACCAAAGAUCUUAGAACGUAUUCAGAGCCAGACUGUCAUCCUGGGAGAUGAAGUACGCUUCCGUUGCAGAGUAGUUGGUAAACCAGAUCCAGAAUGCCAGUGGUACAAGAAUGGAAUCUUGCUGGAAAAGUCAGACCGAAUUUAUUGGUACUGGCCUGAGGACCAUGUCUGUGAACUGGUUGUUAGAGAUGUCUCAGCUGAAGACUCGGCUAGCAUUAUGGUAAAAGCCAUUAACAUUGCAGGAGAGACUUCAAGCCAUGCCUUCUUGCUGGUGCAAGGCAAGCAAGUUGUAACCUUCACACAGAAAAUUGAGGAUGUAUAUGCCAAAGAAAAAGACAACAUGGUGACCUUUGAAUGCGAAACAAAUGAGCCUUUUAUCAAGGUUAAAUGGUUGAAAAACAAUAAUGAGAUUUUCUCUGGGGAAAAAUACAGGAUGCAUUCUGACAGAAAAGUGCAUUUCCUAUCUGUCCUGGUUAUCGGCAUGGAUGAUGAUGCUGAAUACACUUGUGCUGUUGUUGAGGAUGAUAACAUAAGAACAUCAGCCAGACUUCAUGUUGAAGGUGCACCACUUGAAAUUGUGAAGAAUUUGGAGAGUGUUGAAGUACCAGAGUCAUAUGCAGGGGAGUUUGAGUGUGAACUAUCCCGUGAGGAUGCUGAAGGCACCUGGUACUUUGAGAACAAAGAGAUCACCCCAAGCAUGAAGUAUGUCAUGACCUCUCGCCGUGGAAGACACAGCCUGUGUGUCAAGGACGUGAAGAAAGAGGACCAAGGCAAAUACACUUUCAGAGUGGGUGAUCUAAAGACAAGUGCUAAUCUGAAGAUGAAAUUGCGCCCAGUUACACUGAUGCAAGGCCUUUCUGACCUAACUAUCUGUGAAGGUGAUAUCGCUCAGCUGGAGGUCCGAUUCUCUCAGGAGAAUGUGGAGGGAACAUGGUUCAAGAAUGGCCAACCCAUCUCUGCUACUGAUAGGAUUCACAUUGUUAUUGACAAACUAGUACACAAGCUCCUCAUUGAAAACGUAACCAAAGAAGAUGCUGGAAUGUACUCCUUUAAUGUUCCUGCUCAUGGCAUUUCCACCGCAGGAAAACUAUCUGUGCAAACAAUUAGUAUUGUAGCACCUCUGAAGGAUGUUAGCACAAUUGAAGGCACGAAGGCAGUGCUAGAAGCCAAAAUUUCAGCUGCUGAUGUGAGCGCAGUGAAAUGGUACCAUAAUGACAAGCUACUGACUGCUAGCGACAGAGUCCAGGUCGUGGCCAAGGGCUCCAAACAACGACUAGUACUGAACAGGACAUAUGCUUCUGACGAAGGACACUAUAAACUGGUUGUUGGCAAAGUUGAUUCAUCAUGCAAGCUAACUGUUGAGAAGAUCAGUAUCGUAAAACACAUGGAGGACUGUGUGUGCACAGAGACCCAGAAUGUCACAUUUAAGGUUGAGCUGUCUCACCCUGGCAUUGAUGCUCUCUGGACAUUUAAGAGUCAACCUCUGAAGGCUGGUCCCAAGUACAAAAUUGAUUCUAAGGGCACAAAGUAUAGCCUCACUGUUCUCAAUGCCAUGAAAGAUGAGGAGGGCCCUUAUGUGUUUGCAGCUGGUGAAAAGACUUCAAGUGCCAAACUUAUAGUAUCAGGUGGCGCCAUUAACAAACCACUGCAGGAUGUAACUGUUGCAGAGUCCCAGACAGCUGUAUUAGAGUGUGAAGUUGCCAGCGCUUCUGCUGAGGGAAAGUGGCUUAAGGAUGGAAAACCUGUUGAGUUCAAUGAUAAUGUCCGGAGGGAACAGAUCGGUCCUGUAAGACGCCUUGUUAUUGACAUCUCAAGACCACAGGAUAUUGGAGAAUACACCUACCAGGUGGCAAACUCUAAAACUUCAGCUAACCUGAAAGUUGAAGCUGUAAAGGUCAAGAAGACACUAAAGAACCAAACUGUCAUUGAGACACAAGAGGCUGUGUUCAGUAUUGAACUCACACAUUUGGAAGUGAAAGGGGUCCAGUGGAUCAAGAAUGGAGUUGAAAUUCUUCCAAGUGAUAAAUAUGAAAUAGCAACAGAUGGCAUGGUUCACAUGUUGAAGAUUAAAAAUUGUAACACCCAGGAUGAAUCAGUUUAUGGAUUUAAACUUGGAAAACUCACUGCUAAUGCAAGACUCAAUGUUGAGACAAUUAAAAUUGUGAAGAAGCCCAAAGAUGUGACUUCACUGCUUAAUUCUACUGCUUCCUUUGAGUUAAGCGUAUCCCAUGAUAAUGUCCCUGUUAAAUGGAUGUUCAAGAACCAAGAGCUUCAGCCAAGUGCAAAUAUCCAAAUCCUUUCAGAGAGGAAAGCUCACAAGCUUAUCAUUGCCAAUGUUGAAGAAAACAUGGCAGGAGAAUACACAGCUGUUGUGGGACAUGUGCAGUGCAGUGCAUUUUUACAUGUUGAGUCUUUGAGAGUCACAAAGCCCAUGAAGAAUAUCGAGAUUCCAGAGACUCAGGUGGCCACAUUCGAAUGUGAAGUUUCACAUUUUAAUGUCCCAUCCACAUGGCUGAAAAAUGGAGUUGAGAUUGAAAUGAGCGAGAAGUUCAGAAUAGUUGUGCAGGGUAAGCUGCACCAACUAAAGAUCAUGAACACCAGCCGAGAUGAUACUGCAGAGUACACAUUUGUCUGUGGAAAUGACAAAGUCUCAGCCACCCUGACUGUUAGCCCUAUACUCAUCACCUCCAUGCUCAAAGACCUAAAUGCUCAAGAAAAGGAUACCAUUACAUUUGAGGUGACUGUUAAUUAUGAGGGCAUCACCUACAAAUGGCUGAAGAAUGGUGUGGAAAUUAGAUCUACUGACAGAUGCCAGACUCGUUCGAGACAGCUUACUCACUCUCUCACCAUCCGCAACGUGCACUUUGGGGAUAGUGCAGAGUACAAGUUUGUGGCAGGAUCUGCUCAGACAUCAGCAAAACUGUUUGUUGAAGCUCGUGUCAUUGAGUUUAGAAAGCACAUCAAAGAUAUCAAGGUGACUGAGAAGAAAAAGGCAAUCUUUGAAUGUGAGCUCUCUGAGCCCAAUGUUCAAGUCACAUGGAUGAAGAAUGGGCAGGAACUUGAGCUAUCUGAAAGGUUCAAGGUUACCACAGACAAAUAUAUUCAGCGCUUAAUGAUACAGACUGUUCGCAUGUCUGAUGCUGGGGAAUACUCAGUGGUUGCAGGAUCCAGCAUGUCCAAAGCUCAACUCGUAGUAGAAGGCAAAGAUGUCCGCAUCACUGAACCUGUUGAGAAAGAAAUAACAGUGCUUGAGAAGCAGAGAGCUACAUUGGAAUUUGAAGUCAAUGAGGAUGAUAUCGAUGGACGCUGGCUCAGAAAUGGUGUUGAAAUUCAAUUCACUCUUGAUAAGCGUUAUAACUAUGUGACCAUUAGGAAAAUUCAUCGCUUGACAAUCACAGAAACCUGGAGGAGUGAUGCUGGAGAAUACACUUUCAUUGCUGGGAAGAACAGGAGUGUGGUGACCCUACAUGUCAACAUUCCUGAGCCUCCUCGGAUCAUCAGGCAUAUGGAACCUUUGUCUGUUGAGGCUGGGAAACCUGCACGCUUUUCUGUUGAAGUGACUGGCAUCCCUGAACCCCAUGUUUCCUGGUAUAAGAACUCUCAGGCAUUAUCUCCUGGAUUCAAGUGCAAGUUUCUGAGAGAGGCAAAUGAACACACUCUGCUACUUAUUGAAGUCUUCCCAGAGGAUGCAGCUCAGUACAACUGUGAGGCAAAAAAUGACUAUGGGCAGGCCACCAGCUCUGCUUCACUGAACGUUGAAGUUCCAGAGGUUGUUUCACCUGACACUGGUGCACCUUUAUCCCCACCUGUGAUUAUAUCUCCAAUACAACACACCUCUGCCACUGAAGGAGGAUCUGCCAGAUUUCAGUGCCGGGUGUCUGGAGAAGAUCUGACAAUUACAUGGUUUAGCAAAGACAAAGAGAUCAAACAGUCAAGCUUCUUCAGAAUGUCUCAGUUCGAUGACAGCUGCCAGCUGGAGAUAGCCAGAGUUUAUCCUGAGGAUGAGGGAGAGUACACCUGUGUUGCUCGCAAUUCUGCUGGAAUGGUUUCUUGCUCUGCUGUACUUAAACUGGAGGUUACCAAACAUGAGGAUAUUGAAACAAAAAUUGAAGAAGUCAUCAAAGUGCCACCUGUUUUCAGGCAUAAAAUUCAUACUCUGGAGACUAGUGUUGGCAGCCCAGCCAAAUUUGAAUGUGAGAUUGAAGAUGCUCCAAAUGUUACCUUCACAUGGUUCAAGUCUGGCUAUGAGAUCAGACAGAGUGACAAGUACAGGAUCAUAAGCUACUCUACCACAUCAUCUCUGGAGCUUCUGAGUCCAACAAAAGCUGAUAGUGGAGAGUACAUGUGCAAAGCUUUAAACCAACAUGGUAGCGAUAGUUGCUCCGCUAACCUGACUGUGGCAGAGGUUUUCCCACCAGAAUUUGUGUCAAAGCCUGAACCGAUGACAUUAUUUGUGGGUAAACAGGCUAAAUUUCAGUGUGUUAUCACUGGUUCUGCACCAAUGAAUGUUGUAUGGUACAAGGACAACAUUGCUAUUUUGCCCGAUGAGAACCAUAAAGUGUCCUUUGAGAAGAACAAGCAUUGUCUUGAGAUUAUGAAACUUGAGCAAAGUGAUCAGGGAACUUACCUUUGCAAAGCUUCAAACAGUGUUGGCAUGGCUACAUGCUGCACUGAAAUGAGAGUUAUAGACAAACCCACUUUUGUGAAGACCUUUGAAUCAACUUCUGUAGCUGUGGGCAACCCAUUGCGACUUGAGUGCCAGGUAGAUGAAGAUACAGGUGUGACUAUCACUUGGACAAGGGAUGGCAAGAAACUCCAUAACACUAUGGAUAGCAAAAUAUCUUUUGAUGAGAAAGUCGUCAGCCUUGAUAUCCCAAAAGCCAAGAUAAAAGAUACAGGCACUUAUGUCUGUACUGCUUCAAAUGAUGCUGGAAGCAGCAGCUGCUCUUCUGUGGUUAUGGUGAAAGAACCUCCAGUAUUUGUUAAGAAACUGGAGCCGAAGAUCCUUUGGAAACAAGGCAUUUCUGCGCGCUUACAGUGCACUGUUAAAGGAUCUCCUGAGCUCCAUGUCAGUUGGUUUUUAAAUGAGAAACAACUCAGCUCCAGUGAAAGACAUAAAAUCACCUUCAAGGAUGGUCAAGCUACUCUUGAGAUUAUUGACCUUAUUGUGUCAGACAGUGGAAAUUACACAUGUGAAGUAAUGAAUGAGGCUGGCUGUGAAAGUUGUAGCACCAACUUGACUGUUAAAGAACCCCCUGCUUUCAAAAAGGAGUUAGAAAUGGUGGAAGUGGUAAAGGGGAAUACAGCAAAACUCCAGUGUGAAAUUACUGGCACUGCUCCAUUUGAUGUCUCUUGGUUAAAGGACAGGAAACCAGUGAUCACUGAUAAAAGGCACAAAAUUGUAUCAAAGGACACCCUUUCAUAUUUGGAAAUACAGGCAUUUGACAGUGCAGAUGUUGGGGACUACCAAUGUGUUGUUUCAAAUGAAGUUGGUAAAAUAACUUCUAAAUCAAUAGCCAAACUGAAAGAACCUCCAUCUUUUGUAAAGAAAAUUGAAAACACAACUGCAGUUUUGGGCAGUGCUGUGAAACUGCAGGGUACUCUUAAAGGCUCAGCCCCUAUUACUGUCUCAUGGCUAAAGGAUUCUGAGCUACUCAGACAUGAUGAUCCUAAUAUUACAAUGACUUUUGAAAACAACAUUGCCAGUUUGGCAAUUGCAAAAAUAGCCAUGAACCAUGAUGGAAAGUACACAUGCUUAGCUGAAAAUGAGGCUGGCCAGCAAAAAAGUGAAGCCAAGUUAUCAGUUCAAGAACCAGCUAGAAUUGUUGAUAAAGCACCAUCCAUCAGUGUAACAGCAGGAGACUCUGCAACUUUGGAAUGCACUGUAUCAGGAAGUCCGGAUCUUAAAGUUAAAUGGCUUCGUGAUGGCAAGGAAGUGACAGGAGGACGAAAAUACAAAAUCUCUUUUAAGGACAAUGUAGCAAGCUUAAAAAUCCUUUCAGCAGAGAGGGGAGAUAGCUGUGAAUACACAGUGGAAGUUUCUAAUCGGGUUGGAAAAGACCACUGCUCUUGCUCUGUCACAGUUCUUGAUAAAAUUAUACCACCAACCUUCACAAAAAGUCUUAAAAAGGUUGAUGGCAACCUUGGAGGAAAUAUCCAGAUGGAAUGUAAGGUGUCAGGCUCACAGCCCAUGACAAUAUCUUGGUUCAAAGAUGGAAAAGAGAUCACAACUGGUAUAAAGUACCAAAUUGAAUUAAAAGAAAGCACUGCUUUAUUGAAAAUAUCUCAGUUAGAGACUGCUGAUGCUGGGGUUUUUACAUGCCAUGCAACUAAUGCUGCAGGGCACAGUGAGACCAGUGGAACAGUUUCUGUUAAAGAGCCACCAAUCUUCACAUUGAAACCUGAACCUCAAGAUGUUAUACCAGGGUCUAAUGUUGUUUUGAAAGCUGCUUUUACUGGAACACCAACUUUUACUACUAAGUGGUUCAAAGAUGAAAAAGAGAUAUUAACUGGAGGUACUUGCUUCAUCAAGAAAGAUGCCUCUUCAAGUACCUUGGCACUGCACUCUGUGAAGCCAUCACAUUCUGGCAACUAUACUUGCCAAGUUGCCAACGAUGCAGGAAAGGUUUCAUGCACCGCAGUCUUAUUUGUGAAAGAACCUCCAACGUUUGUGACAAAACUUGAUUCAACUAUAUUAGCAGUGAAAGGCAGUGUUGUGGUUUUGGAGUGUAAAGUAACUGGCAGUCCAGAAAUUGCUAUUAAGUGGUAUAAAAAUAAUAUAGAAUUCAGCCCAAGUAAUAAAUAUCAAAUGACCUUCACUGACUCAGUUGCUACACUGCAGAUAUCUGACUGUAGUUUUGAAGAGAGUGGGGAUUAUAUUUGUGUAGCAUCCAGCGAUGCUGGCAGUGACAAGUGCAGCUGCUUGGUCACAGUCAAAGAACCUCCUGCGUUCAUUAAGUUAUUUGAGUCCAGAGAAGUUGUCAAAGGAUCUGAUGUUGUGCUCGAGGGAACAGUCUCAGGAACACCUCCAUUUGAGGCUUCAUGUUUUAAAGAUUUAACCCAAAUCAGAAAUGACCGCCGGCAUAUCAUUAACGUAAAGAAUGAUGUAGUUACUAUUGAGAUUCUUAAGUUUGAACCUGGAGAUGCUGGCAAAUAUAAAUGCACACUAGCAAAUGAAGUGGGACAGACAACAUGUGAUUGUGAAAUUAUAUUGAAAGAACCACCAUCAUUCACGCAGAAGCUAGAUAACAUGGAUGCCUUACUAGGCACCGAGCUUACAAUGCUGUGUGUUGUGAAAGGCUCACUGCCUAUGAAAGUGUCAUGGACAAAAGGUGACCAUGAGGUCAAAGAUACUGAGGAUGUCCAGAUGUCUUUUGAGAACAGAACAGCAGUGCUGCAUUUGUCUAAUGUACAGUUAAAACAUUCUGGAAAGUACACUUGUCAUGCCCAGAAUGAGGCUGGAAGUCAGAAGUGUGCAGCAGCUUUGGUUGUCAAAGAGCCAGCAAAUAUUACAGAUCAGGCCAAGUCUAUAAGUGUUACAGUAGGAGAUCCUGCCACUCUGGAGUGCAGGUUCUCAGGCACUAAACCCCUGAAAGCCAAAUGGCUGAAGGAUGGGAAAGAACUGAUAUCUGGUAAAAAAUACAAAAUACAAACCACUGAUAAAAGCUCCACAUUAAAGAUCCUUUCUGCUGAGAGGAAUGACGAAGGCAAAUAUACGUUUGAAGUUUCAAAUGAUGUUGGCAGCAGCACUUGUGAGGCCUCUGUAACAGUACUAGAUCAAAUAAUUAAACCAUCAUUUACAAGAAAAUUAAAACAACUGGAAAGUAUUAAAGGAUCCUUUGCACAGCUGGAAUGUCUGGUUGCAGGAUCACUGCCUAUAACAAUCACUUGGUUUAAGGAGAACAAGGAGUUAGAGACAUCUGAAAAACAUAAGUGUGUUUUCUUUGAGAAUGCAGCAUCUUUGGAAAUCAGUCGUCUUGAUAGUGUGGACAGUGGAAAUUAUACCUGCAUUGCUACAAACAAAGCAGGCAGUGCACAGUGUUCUGGUGUCUUAAAAGUUAAAGAGCCUCCUGUUAUCAUUGAGAAACCUGAGUCACACCGGGUCAUACCUGGAACCAGAGUGAAAUUCAGUGUACUUCUGUCUGGAACUCCCCCACUGACCAUCAGGUGGUUCAGAAAUAAAAAAGAGGUCUUAUCAGGGGUUGACUGCUCCAUUCAGAAAGAUGACUCUUCAAGCUCACUUGAGCUGUUUUUCACUAAGCCAUCAGACUCUGGGGACUACAUUUGUGAAAUAAGCAAUGAUGUUGGCUCAGAUUCCUGCCAAACAACACUAUUUGUCAAAGAACCCCCCAAAUUCAUCCGAAAGCCAGACAAAGUUUCAGUAGUGAAACCUGGCCAGCCUGUAAUUUUUGAGUGUGAGGUCACAGGCACACCAGAAAUAGACACAUACUGGUUUAAAGAUGGCAACGACUUAAGUCCCGAUGACAAGCAUAAAAUGAGUUUUGUCAACUCAUUGGCACGGCUUGAGAUUACUGGUGCUGAUCUUAAAGAUAGUGGUGUAUAUUACUGUGAAGCCCGCAAUGAGGCAGGUAGUGAGAGCUGUAGCAUGGAUCUGAAAGUGAAAGAGCCACCGGUUAUUGUAAAACCAUUAACUCCUGUAGAGGUUGUGAAAGGAUUGAAUGCCUCUUUUGAGUGUCAAAUUAGAGGCACAGCUCCUUUUAAUAUAACCUGGCAAAAAGAUUCCAAGGAAAUAAAGCCAAGCACAAAGCACAUAUUCUCUCAGAAAAAUGGUUCACUAAUGUUACUUGACAUACAGAAAUGUGAUGACUUGGAUGUUGGCGAGUACCAGUGUAUUAUUUCAAAUGAAGUUGGAACUUGUUCAUGUAGCACAACACUUAGCAUAAAAGAGCCACCUUCAUUUGUAGAAAAGAUCCAGAAUGUUACAACAGUGUUGGGAAAUGUAGCAGAGUUUAAAUGUGUUGUGAAGGGGUCACCUCCUCUGACCAUACAAUGGCAGAAAGAUGAAACAUGGAUAUUGGAAGAUGCUGAGAUUGAGAGAACAUUUGAGAAUAAUGCUGCUACAUUAAGAAUUCCCAUGUGCCAGUCUAACCAUGGUGGAAGAUACACCUGCCAGGCUAUGAAUGAGGCAGGGCAGGAGAAGUGUUUUGCCACUCUUUUGGUUCAAGAGCCUCCUCAGAUUAUUGAAAAACCAGAACUUAUAAAUGUCACUGUUGGAGAUCCAGUCAGUUUUGAGUGCAAAGUUACAGGCACUGCCGAACUGAAAGUGAAAUGGAGUAAAGAUGGCAAAGAGCUGGUCCCAUCCAGACAACAUAGCCUCAGUUUUGUCAAUAACAUCAGUAACCUAAAGAUUCAGGCUGCACAGUUAGAUGAUGGAGGAACUUACCUCUUUGAGGUCUCCAACUACAUCAGUACCUGCACUUGUAAAGUGACUUUAAAUGUCCUAGAACAAAUAAUUCCUCCUGCCUUCAUCAAACCCCUGACUGACAUGGAAGAGAUUCUAGGUUCCCCAGUAAAACUAGCAUGCAAUAUAUCUGGCUCACUUCCCAUAUCUGUGGAGUGGUUUAAAGAUGGAACUAAACUAACAGGAAAAGCCAAGCAUAAACUGGUACAAGACCACAACAAUGUCUCUUUGGAGAUUGAGCGACUAGAGAAAGCAGACACUGGAACUUACUCUUGUAAACUUACCAACAAAGCAGGCAGUUGUGAAUGCAGUGGAACACUGAGGGUGAAAGAACUCCCAAGCUUUGUGGUGGUGCCUGAGCCGCAAGCUGUCAUACCAAACACCACAGUUCGUUUUAAAUGUACCUUUAAAGGAACACCACCCUUCACAGUGAAAUGGUUCAAAGAAGAUACUGAGCUGAUUACUGGACCAUCCUGCUUUAUUGGCAUUGAAGGCCUUUCAAGUUUCAUAGAUCUUUAUGCUGUGGGACUUUCAAACACUGGGCCAUACUCUUGCCAAGUUAGCAAUGAUGCUGGUACAGAGAAAUGUACCACAAGCUUAUUGGUGAAAGAGCCACCUGAAUUUGUACAGAAACUACCAGCAACAAAGUUUCUAAAGAUGGGUUUGCCUCUCCGACUUGAAUGCAAAGUUACUGGCACACCACCUUUGAAAAUUAGCUGGUUCAAAAAUGACAACAUGGUCACUGAGAGUAACAACAUGAUGAUGGCUUUCGAUGGCUCGAUGGCAGUACUUGAGAUUCUGAGCACCUCCAGUGAUGAUGAUGGUGUGUACACUUGUGAAGUUCAGAAUGAUGCAGGAACGAAGAGCUGCAGCACCACUCUCACAGUAAAAGAACCACCAACUUUCCAGAAGGUGCCCUCACCUGCUGAGGGGCUGAAAGGCAAAGAUAUCAGUCUUAGCUGUGAGCUGAAGGGACAUGCACCAUUUGAGAUAACAUGGUUUAAAGACAAAACACAACUGAAGGAAAGUAGAAAGUAUAAAUUUGUGUCUGAGGGACACACUGCUACACUACACAUUCUUGGACUGGAUGCCUCAGAUGCUGGUGAAUAUGAAUGCAAAGCCUCAAACAAUGUAGGAAGUGAUACCUGCCAAGGAAUGGUAAAACUCAGAGAACCACCAGUUUUUGUCAAGAAACUGACCAAUAUGACAGCCAUAUCUGGUGAGGAAGUUACUCUGGUCGCAACUGUCAAAGGCUCUGAGCCAAUCAGUGUGUCUUGGGUACAAGACAAGGACCAUAUUCUUAGAGAUGGUGACAACAGAAAAAUUACAUUUGAAAAUAACCAGAUAACUCUGAGGAUCUUUAAAGCUGAUUCAACCACUGCUGGGAAGUAUACCUGUGAGAUUAAAAAUGAUGCUGGUGUGGCACAAUGCACAGCAAACAUAGCUGUUCUAGAACCUGCUGCCAUUUUGGAUAAGACAGAGUCUGUAAGUGUCACUGCCGGUGAUGCAGCAGUUUUAGAGUGCUCUGUAUCUGGAACCCCAGAGCUUAAACCAAAAUGGUAUAAAGACAGAAUGGAGUUGUCUUCUGGACAAAAAUACAAAAUCACCUUCUCCAAAAAGAUAUGCAGCCUUAAGGUGUUGUCCACAAAUCAAAGUGAUACUGGAGAAUAUACCUUUGAAGUCUCAAAUGAAGUUGGAAGUGACAGCUGCAAGAUGCACCUUGGUGUUUUAGAUAAAAUUAUCCCUCCUACAUUCUCAAGAAAGCUGAAGGAUAUGCACAGUACUGUUGAUAAACCUAUUGAACUGGAUUGCAAGGUCUCGGGUUCAGCACCUCUUACAAUUUCAUGGUAUCACAACGGCAAGGAGAUUGAGAGUGGGCCAAACUAUGAAAUUAGUUUUGCUGAGAACACCUGCACACUCAGGCUGCCCAUUCUAAACCUGUCCAACGCAGGUUCAUAUAAAUGUAAAGCAAUGAACAGUGCUGGAACUGCUGAGACUACUGCCUUUCUUGAUGUUAAAGAACCUCCAUCCUUUGUGGUGCCUCCUCAGCCAAUUGAGGCACUUCCUGGAUCAAAUGUUACAUUCACUGCAACUGUGAGAGGAAGUGCCCCAUUAAGGGUAAAAUGGUUCAGGGGCAGUAAGGAGAUUAUGUCUAGUGGAGCUUGUGUGAUUGCUCUGAGAGGAGACAUAGCUACACUGGAACUCUUUCAAAUUGACAAAUCUCAUUCAGGAGAAUACACCUGUCAAAUUAUUAAUGAUGUUGGGAAGGAAAACUUCCCUGUAAAUCUUUUUGUCAAAGAGGCUGCACGCUUUGUCAAAAAACUGAAAAACAUCUCUGUUGAAGUGGGCAAGUCAAUGAUACUUGAAUGCACAUAUGCUGGAAGCCCUAAGAUUCUUGUAAAAUGGCACAAAGAUGGCCAGGAGAUCUUCUCCUCUUAUAGAUACAAUAUAACAACUACUGAGCACUCCUGCAUCCUGGAGUGCCUCAAUACUGAUAAAGAGGCAGGAGGAAAAUACUCCUGUGAAGUUUCUAAUGAAGCUGGCUCUGACAUCUGUGAUGCAACAGUGUCUAUUUUAGAGCCACCAUUCUUUAUUGAGACUUUGGAACCAAUGGAAGUGACUGCAGGUGAUGCAGUCUGUCUGAAAUGCCAAAUUGGGGGCACUCCUGACAUCAAAGUCUCCUGGUUUAAAGGGGAUGGCAAAGUUCGAUCUUCUCCGAGCUGUAGAAUUGAGUACUCCAAAGGUGUAGCUUGUUUGAAAUUAGCCAAAGCCUCCAAAGCUGACAUUGGAGAAUACACUUGUAAGGCAGAAAACAACAUUGGAUCUGCCUCUUCUAGCUGCCACUUAACUGUACAAGAGGCCAAGACUCCACCUUCAUUCCCUAAGAAAAUCACUAGCAUUCAGCAAACUGUAGGCCAUAGUGUUCAGUUUGAGUGCCGUGUUGCGGGAUCAUCUCCACUGGAGAUCUCUUGGCUUAAAGAUGGAGAAGUUCUAAAGAGUAGCCCAGAGUAUACUAUGACAUUUGAUGAUAAUUCUGCUGUACUGAGAAUUGCAGAGGGACAAAUGAGACAUUCUGGAGAAUAUACUUGUGUUGCAACAAAUAUUGUUGGAACUGCCUCUUGUAGAGCCAAGCUCACACUCCAAGAGCCAAGAUACCCACCUGUGUUUGACAGAAAACUUUCACCCGUGGAUGUCUUAGUUGGAAAUGCUGUGCAGUUGGAAUGCCACAUGACUGGAUCAUUGCCUAUAAAAGUUACUUGGUCAAAGGAUCAUAAAGAUAUCCGCACAGGGGGCAAUUAUAAGAUAUCAUGUGUGGAUAAUACUGCCCAGCUGACUAUACUGAAAGCAGAUAAGGCUGACUCAGGCCACUAUUCUUGCCAUGCUAGUAAUGAUAUUGGGAAGGACUCUUGUUCAACAGAUGUCACUGUGAAAGAACAAAAGAUUCCACCAAGCUUCACCAAAAAGCCUUCAGAAACCCUCGAGGAAACUCAGGGCAAGUUGGUGAAGAUUGAGGCACGUGUUGCUGGAUCACAGCCCAUGAUUGUCAACUGGUAUAAGGAUGACAAAGAAAUCUUCAGCUCUGACAGAUAUGACAUAACCUUCAAAAGCAACAUGGCUGUGAUGGUGAUAAAGAGUUCUUCCACCUCAGAUAGUGGUACUUAUACAUGCAAAGUCACCAAUGAGGCUGGUUCUGCUUCUUGCCAGGUUUUGGCUCAUAUUUCAGAGCGGAAGGUACCACCGAGCUUUGACUUGCCUCUUAAACCUGUGACAUUGAAUGAGGGUGAGACACUGUCUCUUAGUUGCCAUGUACGUGGCUCUCCACCACUGAAAAUCGAGUGGAUGAAGGACAGAAGGGAGUUGAAGUCCUCUGCAAACACCAAGAUCACUUUUGUAGAUGGUACAGCUACAUUAGAAAUGCUCAAUGUGUCUAAAACAGAUGCAGGAGAUUACCUCUGUAAGGCAACCAAUGAAGCUGGUAGUGAGUUCUGCAAGUCCAGAGUUACUAUCAAAGUAACAGAGAAGCCAAAAGCUCCUGCUCCUGCUCCAGCACCUGCAGUACCAGCAGCUCCUGAACCAGCUAAGAAAUUGGACAAUUUGUUCUUCAUUGAGGAACCCAAAAGUGUCCAUAUCACUGAGAAGGGCACUGCAACCUUCAUCGCCAAGGUUGGCGGUGAUCCCAUUCCUAAUGUAAAAUGGAUGAAGGGCAAAUGGAGGCAAAUGACUCAUGGUGGUCGCGUUGCCAUUGUGCAGAAGGACCAAGAUUCCAAGCUGGAAAUCAGAGAUGUGACCAAAUCUGAUGCUGGACAGUACAGAUGUGUAGCAUCAAACAAACAUGGAGAAAUCGAAUCCAGCACUGAUCUGACUGUUGAUGAGAAGAAAGCAUUUGCACCUGAAAUGGUCACAUUAAAGAAGACACCAUCUAAACAGAAAAGCCCCAAAGAGGAAAAGGAAAUUGAUAUUGUUGAGCUGCUUAGAAAUGUGGACCCCAAAGAGUAUGAGAAAUAUGCACGCAUGUACGGUAUCACAGACUACCGUGGCCUUCUUCAAGCCAUUGAAUUUCUAAAGAAGGAGAAAGAAGAAGAAAAAAUGGCAAGACCUGAACUGGAACAUACAAGACGAGAAUCAGAGGAAGAGGAUCUAUCAAAACUUGUGGCUGACUUACAGAAGAGAAUGGAGCAAACUGAGCCUGUAACAUUGAUUAAAGACAUCACAGACCAGACUACAGUUGCCAACAAAGAGGCUGUGUUUGAAUGUGAGAUCAAAAUCAACUACCCAGAGAUAAGUUUAUCCUGGUACAAAGGAACCCAGAAACUUGAUUCAAGUGACAAGUAUGAGAUUAAUGUUGUUGGUGACCGCCACAUCUUAAAGAUCAAGAAUUGCCAGUCCCGGGAUGAGGGCAGUUAUCGCAUUGUAUGUGGACCGCAUAUCUCCAGUGCCAAAUUGACAGUUUUGGAAGGUGAAGUGGAAAAGCACUUGGAGGAUGUCACUGACAUUGAUGUAGGAAGGGUACCAUAUGAUAUUCCUGAUUCAUCAAUACAAGUCCCUGAAGCACCAUCUGCAUUUGCUGUUGAAGCUGAAUCAUCUAUCGAAUAUUAUCAUUAUGAAGAAAAGAUGGAAAUUCAAGAGUAUGAAUACAGAACAGAAGAAAGGAUAGUAGAGGAAAUCUCUGUUACAGUUCCAAGAAUUCCUGUGGAAGAGGUUGUUGAGAAGAAGGCACUCGGAGUGAGAGAAGUCGUCCCGACCAAAGUUCCUGAGAUGGUUGAGGAACCACAGGAGAAACCUACACCAGUUGAGGAAAAGAUAGAAGCACCAAUAAAAGUACCCGAAGCAAAGAAACCCAAAGAUGAAAAAGUAAUACCAUACAAAGUGGAAGAACCAAAAGAGUUUCGCCCUACAGAAGAAUAUGAAGAGGUUCCUACUCCUCAGCCAACUCAGCCUGCCCCAGAGAAAGUGCCAGAAGCUGUAGUACCUGUGGUACCAGAGCCUAAGCCCAAAGAACCUACACCAAAACCUCCAUCAGUACCUGAAAUUAAACCAGAGCCCAAGGUGAAGACCGUACCAGAGCCUACACCGGAAAAGAAGCUAGAGCCAAAGCCUGAACCAAAGCCUGUACCAAAACCUGAACCAAAGCCUGUAGCACCAAAGGAAAUUGAACCACUUCCAGCCAAAGUUCCACUGGAGUUAAAGAAACCAAAACCAACCGAACCAGAACCACCAAAGAUGGUACCAACCAAACCAGAACCAGCUCAAGUUACUGUGGUUCCAAAGGAUGUUGUCCCACGAAAAGUGCCUGAACCAGAGAAGAUAGCUCCUUCAGAAAAACCAGCCAUUCCUCCGAAAAAGGAGGAGAUUGUUCCCAAAGUUGAAAAGAAACCAACUCCAGAGCCUGCAAAGAAAGUUGAAGCUAAAAAAGAAGAACCACCUGAGCCUGCAGCUGUGCCACAACCAAAGAAAGUUCCUCCUGUUGAAGAUGGUGAAAAAGAACCAGUUUCUGCACCUGCUCCCACACCAGUGAAAAAAGAGGGAAAACCAAAAGAAGAGGCUGGAAGGGGACGGGGCCUGAAACCAAAACAGACUCCUUCUCCUGGAGAUGUUGGACGAGGAAGAGGACUGAAACCCGGUGCUGGUGGUGACAAACCUCCAGGACAAUCCCCAUUUGAAUAUACACUUAAAGCUGUUCCUCUGAAGUUUGUAAAGGAGCUUAAAGACAUUGUGUUGCAGGAGGCUGAGUCUAUUGGUUCCUCUGCUGUGUUUGAGUGCCAGAUUUCUCCUUCUACUGCUAUAACUUCAUGGAUGAAAGAUGGAAGUAACCUCAGGGAGAGUCCAAAGCACAAGUUCACGUCUGAUGGAAAAGACCGCAAAUUGGCCAUUAUUGAUGUCCAGCUUUCUGACACAGGGGAAUACGUAUGUGUUGCCAAGCUUGGAAAUAAAGAGAAGACCUCCAUUGCCAAACUUAUUGUUGAAGAGUUGCCUGUGAGAUUCACAAAGAACCUGGAAGAGGAAAUUUCUGUAAUUAAGGGUCAGCCCAUGUACUUGACCUGUGAGUUAAGCAAAGACAGGGAUGUGCUUUGGAAGAAGGAUGGAAAGCCUCUUUCAGAAAUUGCUGGCAAGAUUGCCAUCAAUGUUAUUGGACUGCAACGUUCUGUAACAAUCCAGGAUGCAAAUGAUGAUGAUGCAGGAGUUUACACAUGCGAGUGUGAAAAUCUCAAAACUCAGUCCAAUGUUAAGAUCAUUGAAGUCAUUAGAGACUGGUUGGUGAGACCACUAAGGGACCAGCAUGUGAAACCAAAGGCCACUGCUAACUUCAAAUGUGAGCUCAUCAAAGACACUCCCAACUGGAAGUGGUACAAAGGGAAUGAAGAGAUUCCAAAUGAACCCACAGAUAAGACUGAAGUCAAAAAGGAUGGAAACAACAUUGCUUUGACUAUUAAGAAUGCCCAACCAAAUGAUGCUGAUGAGUAUGCUAUUGAAGUUGAAGGUCGUAGAUACCCAGCAAAACUGACACUUGGAGAACGUGAAGCUGAGAUCCUAAAACCCCUUGUAAGCGUUGAAGUUGUUGAAAAAGAGGAGGCCAAUUUUGAUACUGAAAUCUCUGAGGAUGAUGUACCUGGAGAAUGGAAACUUAAAGGGCAGGUUCUAACAAGAUCACCGACAUGUGAUAUCAGAGCAGAGGGAAAGAAGCGUUUCCUUACUUUGAAAAAUGUUCAGCUUGAUCAGGCGGGAGAAGUAACAUACCAAGCUCUGAAUGCCAUCACAAGUGCAAUGCUUAUAGUCAAAGAAAUUGAAAUGGACUUCAUAGUACCACUGAAGGAUAUUACAGUGCCUGAAAAGAAACAAGCUAAGUUUGAGUGUACCAUCACUAAAGAUGUGUCUAAAGUGAUGUGGUAUAGAGGAUCUGAUAUUAUAUCAUCAGACCAGAAAUAUGAUAUAAUUGAUGAUGGAAAGAAGCACAUGUUGGUUAUAAACAACUGUGAGUUUGAUGAUGAGGGAGAUUACAGUAUUGAGGUCUUAAGCAAAACAUCGAAAGCUAAACUGACUGUUGAGGGUAUUAGACUGAAGUUUGUCUCACCAAUGUCGGAUCAAACUGUGAAGGAAGGUAAAACUGCUCGGUUUGAGAUUGAGCUUUCUCAUGAGAAUGUGCCAGUGGCUUGGUACAAAAAUGAAACAAAACUGCAUCCAAGCAGAACAGUGCUUACCCAUGUUGAUGGAAAGAGAUAUAUAUUAGAAAUCAAAGAAGUCACACUAGAUGAUACUUGCCAAAUAAAGGCAGAGGCAAAAGGAAUAUCAACCACUGCAAACCUGACAGUCUUAGAGAGAGAUGCCUACUUCACAGUUAAACUUCAAGACUACACUGCAGUUGAGAAAGAUGAUGUCACUCUUGACUGUGAGCUGAGCAAAGAUGUCCCGGUCAAGUGGUUCCAUAACGAGAUUGAAAUUAAGGCCUCAAAAAUGGUUUCCAUGAAGGCUGAGGGUAACCGAAGAAUUCUCCACAUAAAGAAAGUGGAGAACAAAGAUAGUGGCAACUAUGUUUGUGACUGUGGAACAGACAAAACAAUGGCCACUAUGAAUAUUGAAGCUCGUGACAUUAAGGUUGUUCGUCCCAUGUAUGGUGUUGAGCUCUAUGAUGGUGAAACUGCACGUUUUGAAGUGGAACUCUCUGAGGAUGAUGUCCACGGCCAGUGGAAAUUAAAAGGAGAGGUUCUUUCUCAGUCACCGGAUGUUGAAAUAAUUGAGGAUGGAGCUAAGCACACUUUAACUUUGUACAACUGCAAAGUUCCCCAGUCCGGUGAAGUUUCAUUCCAAGGUGCUAAUGCUAAAUGUUCUGCAAAUCUGAAGGUGAAAGAGCUUCCAAUUACUUUCCUUACACCUUUGAGUGAUGUGCAAGUAUAUGAGAAAGAUGAAGCACGGUUUGAGUGUGAAAUAUCACGAGAACCAAAAUCCUUCAGGUGGCUGAAGGGAACCCAGGAAUUGAAGGCAGAUGACAAAUUUGACAUUGUGACAGAGGGGAAAAGGCACAGUCUUGUUAUCAAAUCUGCUGCCUUUGAAGAUGAGGCUAAAUACAUGUUUGAGGCUGAGGACAAGCGAACAUCUGCCAAACUCAUUAUUCAAGGCAUUCGUCUUGAGUUUGUCAAACCUAUCAAGGAUGUUACGGUAAAGGAGCGUGAGACUGCAGAAUUCAGCAUUGAACUUUCACAUGAGAAAGUUCAGGUCAUCUGGUACAAAAAUGAUGUGCGUUUGCACCCAAGUAAAGUGGUGCACAUGUCUGAACAUGGAAAGAUCCACACUCUGUCUUUUAAGGAGGUGUCCAUUGAUGAUACUUCUUUGAUCAAAGCAGAGGCCCUUGGAAAAAGCUGUGAGGCAAUGCUCACAGUACUUGAAGGAGAAGCUUAUUUCACUACCAAGCUACAGGACUACACAGCAGUAGAGAAAGAUGAGGUAGUGUUGAUCUGUGAACUGAGCAAACCAUCUGCUGAAGUGAAAUGGUUCAAGGAUGGCAAGGAAAUUACCCCCUCCAAAAAUAUCCUCAUCAAGGCUGAUGGCAGGAAACGUAUUCUCACAGUUAAGAGGGCUGAUAAGGGAAAUAUUGGUCAAUAUACCUGUGAUUGUAGCACUGAUAAAACAACUGCUAAAUUGAAUAUUGAAGAUCGUGACAUUAAGGUUGUCCGGCCACUGUACAGUGUGGAAGUUACAGAGACUGAGACUGCUCGCUUUGAGACAGAGAUCUCAGAGGAAGAUGUCCAUGGAAACUGGAAACUCAAAGGAGAACCUUUGCACCAGUCGCCGGACUGUGAGAUCAAGGAAGAAGGCACCAAACACAUGCUGAUUCUCUACAAUGUGCGGAAGGACAUGGCUGGUGGUGUGGACUUCAGUGCUGCCAAUGCUAAAUCUAGUGCUCAGCUCAGAGUUAAAGCACGAGUGAUAGGCCUCAUACGGCCUCUCAGGGAUGUUACAGUUACAGCUGGGGAGACGGCAACCUUUGACUGCGAACUGUCAUACGAGGGCAUAUCUGUGGAGUGGUUCCUUGGGGGUACAAAGCUGGAACCAAGCGACAGAGUGGUGGCCCGAGCUGAAGGCAGAACCCACACGUUGACCCUAAGAGACGUAAAACUGACUGAAGCAGGCGAGGUAAAACUCACUGCAAAAGAUUUCCAAAUCCAGGCCAACCUCAUUGUAAAAGAGCCUCCAGUCGAGUUCACCAAGCCGCUUGAGGACCAGACUGUAGAGGAAGAAGCUACUGCUAUACUAGAGUGUGAAGUCUCCAAAGAAAAUGCAGAGGUCAGGUGGUUUAGAGAUGGACAGGAAAUCCGUAAGACGAAGAAAUAUGAGAUGGUUGCUGAUGGCCGCAAGAGAAAGCUUAUCAUCCAUGACUGCACACUUGAUGACUCAAAGACAUAUACCUGUGAUGCCAAAGUCUUUAAAACCUCUGCUUUUCUAAAUGUUGAACCUCCACAUGUUGAGUUCACUAAACCACUCCAUGAUGUUGAGGUAAUGGAGAAAGAAACUGCCACGUUUGAGUGUGAGGUUUCCAGAGAAAAUGCCAAGGUCCGCUGGUUCAAGGAUGGUAAUGAAAUCAGGAAAGGAAAGAAAUAUGAUAUAAUUUCCAAAGGUGUUCAACGCAUGCUCAUCAUUAGCAAGUCAGUGUUUGAUGAUGAAGCUGAAUAUGAAUGCGAUGCAAGGACCUCCAAGACCUCAGGAAUACUUACUGUAGUUGAGGAGGAGGCUAGAUUCACAAAGAACCUGGCUAAUGUUGAAGGCACUGAAACUGACAGUAUUAAACUGAUCUGUGAGGUCUCCAAGUCCAGCGCAGAGGUUACCUGGUAUAAAGGUAACCAGGAAUUGCCUGAUGGUGGUAGAUAUGAACAAGUUGCAGAUGGGAGAAAGAGAAUCCUCAUCAUCCAGGCACUUCAUAUGGAAGAUGCUGGAGAAUACCACUGCAAAUUGCCCAGCUCACAAACUACAGGAAACUUAAGAAUCAAUGAACUUGCUGCCGAGUUCAUCUCCAGACCUCAAAGCCAGGAGGUGGUUGAAGGUGAAAAAGCUGAGUUUGUGUGCUCUGUGUCCAAAGACUCUUAUGAAGUCAAAUGGCUCAAGGGUGACAAAGAACUCCAGUCAGAUGACAAGUAUGAAAUUAUUUCUGAUGGCAAGAGGCGAGUCCUUGUAGUGAAGAAAUGUGAGCUCAGUGAUGAAGGACCUUUUGUGGCCCUUAUUGGUGCUACAAGAGCUUCUGCUGAUUUGAUCGUCCUUGAGAAACUCAGAAUUAUCACACCCCUCAAGGACACAAUGGCAAGUGAAGCACAAGAGAUUGUUCUCAACUGUGAGGUGAACACAGAGGAAGCCAAGGCCAAAUGGAUGAAGAAUGAUGAAACAAUAUUUGAUAGUAGCAAAUUUAUCAUGACCCAGAAAUACAAUGUGUACUCUUUGAGAAUUAUGGAUGCUGAAAUGUCAGAUGCAGCUACUUACACAGUAACGCUGACCAAUCAACGCAAUGAGUGUGUCAAGAGUUCUGCCAAGAUCACUGUACAGGAGGAGGAUCUGAAAAUCAUCGUUCCUCUGGAGGAUGUUGAAACACAGGAGAAGAAGACCAUUAGCUUCUCAUGCAAAGUAAACAGACUAAAUGUGACUCUGCAGUGGAUGAAGGCAGGACAGGAGAUCACUCUCAGCAAGCGCAUUGUGUAUCGUGUUGACAGGGCUAAGCACACCAUAACCAUUAAAGACUGUAGUCCAGCAGAUGAAGGGGAAUACACAGUCAUUGCUGGUGCUGAUAAGUCAACUGCUGAGUUGAUUAUCAGUGAAGCACCUACAGAUUUUAUCACCCAACUUCAAGACCAAACCAUUACUGAAUUUGAAGAUGCUGAAUUUACCUGCCAACUCUCUAAAGAAAAGGCUGAAAUCAAAUGGUACAGAGAUGGCAGAGAGAUCAGAGAGGGUCCACGAUAUCAAUUUGAGCGUGAUGGAAAGACCUGCACACUACGCAUUAAGGAAUGCAGACCUGAUGAUGAAUGUGAAUAUGCCUGUGGUGUAGAUGACAAAAAAUCAAGGGCUCGUCUCUUUGUUGAAGAAACACCUGUGGAGAUUAUCAGACCACCCAUGGAUAUAUUUGAGCCCCCUGGCUCUGAUGUGGUGUAUGAGGUGGAGCUCAACAAAGACAGAGUAGAAGUCAAAUGGCUAAGGAACAAUAUGACUAUUGUCCAGGGUGACAAAUACCAAAUGAUGAGUGAAGGCAAGAUUCACAGACUUCAAGUAUGUGAAAUUAGACCUCGUGAUCAGGGAGAGUACAGAGUUAUUGCUAAAGACAAGGAUGCAAAAGCCAAGCUUGAGCUUGCAGCUGUGCCAAAGAUUAAGACAAUGGAUCAGGACCUGGUGACAGAUGCUGGAAAACCAUUUGUCAUGUCAGUGCCAUACAAUGCCUACCCACAUGCUGAGGCUGAAUGGUUCUUUGACAACAUUAGCCUGCCUAAUGAAAAUCUUCAUACCACACCGGACAAAGCAGAGUACCGUUUGAAGGACCCUAAGAAGUCAGAUGAGGGCCGUUAUAAGGUCAUUAUCAAGAACAAGCAUGGACAGGGAGAGGCUUUCAUUAAUCUGAAAGUUAUUGAUGUUCCUGGCCCUGUGAAGAACCUGCAUGUGGUUGAUACUGCUGAUGGAGAGGUCAGCAUUGCAUGGGAUGAGCCUGAAAGUGAUGGUGGCAGCAAGAUUUUGGCCUAUGUGGUGGAGAGACGUGAUGUCAAGCGAAAAACCUGGACUCUGGCAACUGACCGUGCUGAUAUCACAGAGUACACGGUCACUGGGCUGCAGAGAGACUCCAUGUACUUUUUCCGUGUUUGUGCACGCAACAGAGUUGGAAGUGGUCCGAAUGUUGAAACAGAUGAAGCAGUGCAAGCUAAAAAUAAAUUUGAUGUUCCUGAUGCACCUCAAAAUGUCACUGUGGGAAAUGUGAACAAGUUUGGAGCCACAGUCUCCUGGGAACCACCUCUGUUUGAUGGUGGAUCUGAAAUCACAUCCUACAUCAUUGAACUCCGUGACAGAACAUCUGUGAAAUGGUCUCCAGUCAUGGUGACUAAAGCACAAGAUCGUUCAGCUAUAAUCAAUGAUGUUAUUGAAAACAAGGAAUAUAUCUUCCGUGUAAGAGCAGAGAACAAGGCUGGUCCUGGCAAGCCAAGUGCUGCCACUAACCCAGUUAAAAUCAUGGACCCAAUAGAGAGACCAAGCCCACCCCUGAAUCUGACACACUCUGAACAGACCAAGGAUUCCUGUCUGCUGACAUGGGAGACCCCUCUUAGAAAUGGUGGCAGCAUGAUCACUGGCUAUAUUAUUGAGAGAUGUGAGGAAGAUUCAGACAAGUGGCUGAGAUGUAAUGCCAGGCUUUGUCAGGACCUCUCAUACAGGAUGUCAGGUCUUAAAUUUGGAAAGAAAUAUAAGUACAGAGUCAUUGCUGAGAAUGCAGCUGGUCAGUCUGACCCAUCUAAUAUUGUUGGGCCUAUGCUGGCAGAUGAUCCACACUUUGCACCUACACUGGACUUGAGUGCCUUUAAGGAUGGCCUGGAGGUCAUUGUUCCUCAGCCUCUUACUAUUCGUGUUCCUAUCACUGGAUACCCAACACCCACUGCUAAGUGGACCUUUGGUGAAAAGGAGCUUACUGCUGGUGAACGAGUGUCCAUGGUCACAAAGAGCACGUUUACAGAGUUAGUCAUUACUCCAAGUGUGCGGCCUGAUAAAGGCACAUAUUCUCUGACACUGGAGAAUGAUGUAAGCAGUGUCUCCGGAGAGAUUGAUGUCAAUGUCAUUGCAUGUCCAAGUGCACCCAAGGACUUCAAGGUUGCAGAAGUAACCAGAAAACAUGUGCAUCUUAUGUGGGAAGCACCAGACCAUGAUGGAGGCAGUCCACUGACUGGCUACCAGGUUGAGAAGCGUGAUGUGACAAGAAAGACUUGGGUUAAGGUCAUUAGUGGUGUGCAAGACCAGGAAUACACCAUCACAGAUGUGAUUGAGGGCAAGGAGUACUUGUUUAGAGUAAUUGCUUGCAACAAGUGUGGCCCAGGAGAGCCUGCAUACACUGACGAUCCUGUAAAUGUGUCUUCACCAGCCACUGUUCCAGAUCCACCAGAGAAUCUUAAAUGGAGAGACAAGUCAGCCAGCAAAAUAUUCCUUUCCUGGGAACCUCCGAAAUGGGAUGGUGGUGCUCCAAUAAAAGGCUACACUGUUGACAAAUGCCAGCGAGGCGCUGACAAGUGGGAGCCAUGUGGAGAACCAAUGCCUGAUCUCAAGCUUGAGGUUACUGGUCUGCUAGAGGGACAGUGGUAUGCUUAUCGUGUAAGGGCCUUGAACAGACUAGGCUCAGGUAGACCUAGUAAGGCAACUGAUGAGAUCUUGGCUGUUGAUCCUAAAGAACCUCCAGAGAUUCACUUGGAUGCAAAACUCCUGGCAGGCUUAACUGCAAAGGCUGGUACAAAGAUUGAACUUCCUGCUGACAUCACAGGCAAACCAGAACCUAAAGUCAAAUGGACGAAGGCUGACCUUAUCCUUAAGGAAGAUGACAGAAUAUCUAUUGAUACCAAGCCUGGCCACUCCACUGUGUCAAUUGCAAAGACAAAAAGGGAUGACUCAGCAACAUACAUCAUUGAAGCAGUUAACAGCAGUGGCCGUGCAACUGCAACUGUUGAUGUCAACAUUUUAGAUAAACCUGGCCCUCCAGCUGCCUUUGAUAUAUCUGAAAUCACCAAUGAUUCUUGUUUACUGGCCUGGAAUCCACCCCGUGAUGAUGGUGGCUCAAAGGUGACAAACUACAUUGUUGAAAGAAGGGCUACAGACAGUGAAAUCUGGUACAAGCUGUCUUCUACCGUGAAACAGACCAACUACAAAGCAACCAAGCUUGUGACUUUCAAAGAAUACAUAUUUAGAGUCUAUGCUGAGAAUCAAUUUGGCAUCGGUCCACCAGCUGAACAUGCUCCAAUUAUUGCUAGAUAUCCCUUUGAUCCACCUGGACCUCCAUACAAACUGGAGGCAUCAGAUAUUUCUAAGGAUGCUGUAACCCUGACCUGGAUUGAGCCUGAUGAAGAUGGAGGAAGUCCCAUCACUGGCUACUGGGUUGAGAGAUUUGAGCCAGAUGCUGAUAAGUGGAUAAGAUGCAAUAAAAUACCAGUCACAGAUACUAAUUUAAGAGUAAAAGGAUUGCCCACAAGGAGAAAGUGUAAGUUCCGUGUCUUGGCUGAAAAUCUUGCUGGACCUGGCAAACCAAGCAAAGAGACUGACCAGAUCAUGAUCAAGGAUCCUAUCGAUCCUCCAUGGCCUCCUGGCAAACCAACUGUUAAGGAUGUUGCAAAGACAUCUGCUUUCCUGCAAUGGACAAAGCCUGAGCAUGAUGGUGGUGCUAAGAUUGAGUCCUACAUUAUUGAGCUUCUCAAGAGUGGCACUGAUGAGUGGGUUCGUGUGGCAGAUGGUAUACCUUCUCUUGAAUAUUUCUUAAAGGGAUUAAUGGAGAAGCAGGAAUACUCCUUCCGUGUCAGAGCUGUCAAUGCAGCAGGCGAGAGUGAACCUAGUGAACCUAGCAAUCCUGUUCUUUGCAAGGAGAGACUCAAUCCUCCAUCACCACCAAGAUGGCUAGAGGUGGUUAGUAUUUCCCGUAACAAUGCUGAACUAAAGUGGACAGCCCCAGAGAGAGAUGGUGGUUCUCCAGUUACCAAUUAUAUUGUGGAGAAGAGAGAUGUGAGACGUAAAGGCUGGCAGGCUGUGGAUACCACAGUGAAGGAGCUGAUAUAUACUGUCACUCCACUGAAUGAUGGCUCUCUCUAUGUAUUCCGUGUGGCAGCUGAGAAUGCUGUUGGAACUAGUGAAUACUGUGAACUUGUUGACUCAGUUUUGGCAAAAGAUACUUUCACUACUCCUGGACCUCCUUAUGCUCUGACUGUCACAGACAUCUCAAAGACACAUGUUGAUCUUAAAUGGGAGGCACCUAAGAAUGAUGGUGGCAGACCAAUUUUGAGGUAUGUCAUUGAGAAGAAAGAGAAACUUGGAACUCGUUGGGUGAAAUCUGGAAAAACAGCAGGUCCUGACUGCAAGUACAGGGUCACUGAUGUUAUUGAAGGCACUGAGGUACAGUUCCAGGUCCUUGCUGAGAAUGAGGCUGGGGUUGGUCAUCCAAGUGAACCUACGGACAUUGUGGUAGUUGAGGAUCCAACAGGUCCACCAUCUCCUCCUCAGGAUCUCCAUGUCACUGAGGCAGCCAGGGACCAUAUCUCAAUUGCAUGGAAAGCUCCAGAAAGAAAUGGAGGAAGCCCGGUUAUUGGAUACCACAUUGAGCUCUGUGAGGCUGGAACAGAAAAGUGGAUGAGAGUUAACUCUCGUCCAGUUAAAGAGCUGAAGUAUAGGGCUGGAGAGGAGGAAGGCAUUGUUCCUGAGAAGAACUACAUUUUCAGAGUCCGUGCUGUCAAUUCUGUUGGUGCCAGUGAACCAUCUGACAUCUCUGAAAGUGUAUAUGCUAAAGACUCUGACUGCAAACCUACUAUUGAGUUCCAGACCAAGGACAUUGUUGUUGUGGAGGGUGAGAAGAUGCACCUCCCAAUUCCAUUUAAGGCUGUUCCAUCGCCUAGAGUCACAUGGCACAAAGAUGGCAAAGAGAUGAAAGCUGAUGAGAGAAUUUCACUCAGAUCAGAUUACAUUUCCUGCCACCUGGAAAUUCCAAGCUGCCUGCAUGCUGAUGCUGGCCAAUACAAAGUUACCCUGGAAAACAGCCUUGGUGCAAUCAGUGGGACAAUUAAUGUUAAAGUUAUCGGACUUCCUGGGCCAUGCAAGGAAAUUGUUGCUAGUGAUAUCACCAAGAGCUCUUGCAAAGUGACAUGGGAACCUCCAGACUAUGAUGGAGGUAGUCCUAUCCUUCACUAUGUCCUGCAACGUAGAGAAGCAGGCAGGAGAACAUAUGUCAAUGUUAUGUCUGGUGAGAACAAACUGAGCUGGUCUGUCAAGGACCUCAUCCAAAAUGGAGAGUAUUAUUUCCGUGUCAGAGCAGUGAAUAAAAUUGGUGGUGGAGAGUUUAUUGAGCUUCGCAAUCCUGUAAUUGCUGAGGAUCAGAAACAUCCCCCUGAUCCACCUGUUGAUGUUGAGACUCACAACCCUACUUCUGAAUCUGUGACCCUUACUUGGAAGCCACCCAUGUAUGAUGGGGGAUGCAAGAUCAUGGGUUACAUUUUAGAGAAGAUGAUGAAAGGUGAAGAAAAAUUUGAGAGAUGCAAUGACUUCCUUGUGCCAGUAUUGUCCUACACGGUUAAGGGCUUGAGGCCAGGAAAAGAGUAUCAAUUCCGUGUGCGUGCAGAGAAUGCAGCAGGCAUUAGCGAGCCUUCUCGUACCACUCCUAUGGUCAGAGCCACUGAUGCAGUUGAUCGUCCCAAAGUGUUCCUCAGUGGCAGUUUGCAAUCAGGUUUAAGUGUUAAGAGGGGUGAGGAGAUCAGGCUAACAGCCUACAUUUCUGGUUUCCCUUACCCGGAAAUAACAUGGAUGAGGAACAAUUCAACCAUUAGGCCAGAGGCACUGAAGAAGAGGCCAGAAAGACCUAUUAGAAAGAAGAAGGAAAAGAAGGCAGAGGAAGAAAAAAUAGAAGACAAGGAGAAAAAGGAGGAGAAGACAACAGAAGAUCAGGACAAGAAGGAGGAAAAGAAGGAAGAGGAAAAGAAGGAGGAAGAGAAACUGAAGGAGUCAGAGGAACCAGAAGAGCCAGAGGAGGAAUACCACCCAUCCCUGAAUGAGCGUCUUACCAUUGAUAACUCAAGGAAGGGUGAAUCCUUCAUUAUUGUUAAAGAUGUCAUCAGAGGCGAUCAUGGUGUUUUCACUAUCAAGGUGGAGAAUGAUCAUGGUGUUGCUUCUGCCACCUGUGAAGUUAACGUUCUUGAUACUCCUGGGCCUCCAGUCAACUUCAAGUUUGAGGAGGUCAGGAAGGAUUCUAUCCUCUGCAAGUGGGAACCUCCUCUAGAUGAUGGUGGCAGUGAGGUCCUAAAUUAUGUAUUGGAGAAAAAAGAUAACUCCAAGGCUGAGAGUGGAUGGGUCACUGUGACAUCAACUCUUAGAGGUUGCAAGUACCCAGUAACAAAACUGAUUGAAGGAAAGGAGUAUAUUUUCAGAGUUACUGCUGAGAAUAGAUUUGGUCCUGGAAAACCAUGUAUCUCCAAACCUGUUAUUGCCAAGAAUCCAUUUGAUCCACCUGAGGCCCCUGAGAAACCAGAAAUUAUUGAUAUUACAGCUAACAGCAUGGUUGUUACUUGGAAUGAACCCAAUGACAAUGGAAGCCCCAUCCAAGGAUACUGGGUGGAAAAACGAGAAAUUAACAGUACACACUGGGCAAGAGUUAAUCGCAACAUCAUUGAUGCACUGGAAGUUAAAGUAGAAGGUCUUUUGGAGGGAUUGACAUACAUUUUCAGGGUCUGUGCAGAAAAUGUAGCUGGAUGUGGAAGAUUCAGUCCACCGUCUGAUCCAAAAACAGCCCAGGCUCCUAUCUUGCCACCAGGUCCACCAAGUCCUCGCGUUGUUGACACCACAGACCAUUCAAUAACAGUUGAAUGGGAUCCUCCUGUAGACAAUGGAGGUGCAGACAUUUUUGGUUACCAUGUUGACAAGGUGAUUGCUGGCACUAAAGACUGGUCACGAGCCACAGAAAGACCAUGGAAAAACCUCACAUUUACCGUGUAUGGUGUCAGAGAAGGAGCUAAGUACAUUGUCCGCGUGCUAGCAGUCAAUUCUGCUGGUGAAGGUGCUCCUGGUAUGACAGAUGCUGUCAUUGUGAGGAAUCCAGCAGAGAUGCCUGUAAUUGAACUCGAUAUCUCUGUGAAGAGUGGUUUUGUUGUAAGAGCUGGAGAGAUACUGAAGAUCCCUGCAAAUGUAAGGGGCAAACCAAAACCAUCACUUUCAUGGACAAAGGAUGAUGCAGCUCCCGACAAAGAGCGUGUGGAAAUAGAAGAAGUAGGACAGAACAGUACACUCAUCAUCAGAAACUCAAAAAGAAGUGACAGUGGCAAAUACCAGAUAACUGCAGCAAACCCAAGUGCUAUCAAAUCUGCAUGGACCAGGGCUGAAGUUGUUGAUGUUCCUGGACCUGUCCUUGACCUCAAGCCUGUAGUAGUAACCAGAAAGUUAAUGAUUCUGAACUGGUCCGAUCCAGAUGAUGAUGGUGGCAGUGAUUUGACAGGCUUCAUUGUUGAAAGAAGGGAGCCAAAGAUGCACACAUGGAGACAGCCAAUUGAAACAGCUGCAUCCAAAUGUGAAAUUGUAGGUAUUCUUGAAGGACAGGAGUACAUCUUCCGAGUUGUGGCCAAGAACAAAUAUGGCUGUGGACCACCAGUUGAUCUUGGACCUAUCCGUGCAGUUGAUCCACAAGGUCCACCAACCUCUCCUGAGAAGUUCCACUACACAGAAAGAACUAAGUCAUCCCUCACCCUUACAUGGAAGCCACCUCGCAAUGAUGGUGGUAGUCCAAUUAUUGGCUACAUCAUUGAAAAGAAACGUCAAGAUCAGCCUGCUUUCCAGCCUGUCUCCACAGACUUGUGCACUGCACUGACACUGACUGUGGAGAAUCUAGAUGAGCUACACAUGUAUGAGUUCCGUGCAAAGGCUGUAAAUAGCAUUGGUGAAAGUGAUCCUUCUAUACCCUUGACUGUUGUGAUUCAGGAUGAUGAAGUUGCCCCAACAUUGCACAUGAUGAAGCACUUUAAAGGCGACUUGAUUAGAGUGAGGAAGAAUGAGCCAGUUGAGAUUCCUGUUGAAAUCACAGGUCUCCCAAUGCCAAAGGUUGAAUGGUUGAAAGAUGAUGUUGUUAUUCCAAAGCCCACUGAAAGAGUCCUGUUUGAGACUAAAGUGAUUGACAGACUCACAGAACACACAAAACUCACUAUCCCAGCUAUCUCAAGGCUGGAAAAGGGAACAUACACUGUGACCGCCUCAAAUCGCCUUGGGACAGCCAGCCAUUCCAUCACAAUUGAGGUGCUCGAUCGACCAACACCACCAAGAAAUGUUGCAGUUUCUAAUAUCCGAGCCGGAUAUUGCCAGUUGACCUGGGAUGCUCCAUUAGAUAAUGGUGGCAGUGCACUUACCAACUACAUUGUUGAAAAGAAAGACCUUAAUGUUGAGGAUGUUGAGAAAGCUGAAUGGGUUCAGGUUACUAACACAGUCAUAGAGAAAAAAUAUGGGGUAUGGGACCUUGUAACAGGUGGAAACUAUAUGUUCAGAGUUAAAGCAGAGAAUAAGUAUGGAAUAAGUAAUGGUUGUGAAACAGAGGAAGUGCAAAUAAAGGAUCCAUUCGCCCUACCUGGACCCCCAGAAAAAGUUGCUAUUGCAGAACAUUCUAAAACCAAUAUGCUAGUAACAUGGGAGCCUCCAAUGGAUUGUGGUGGAUCUAUGAUCAUUGGCUAUUGGCUGGAGAAGCGUGAAAAAGGCACCACCUACUGGGCUAAAGUAAAUAAAACCCUGGUGUCAAAACGUGGCACGAAAGGCUGGGAAUUUCAGGUCAACCGUCUCAUUGAGGGAACUGAGUAUGAAUUCAGAGUGAUGGCUUGUAAUGCUGCAGGAGUUGGCCCCCCAAGUGCUGUCUCUGAAUCAGCCUUUGCAGUUGAUCCACUCACACCACCUGGCAUGCCAGCAGCUCCUGUAAUUGCUGACAAAACUAAGCGAAGUGUUACACUGUCAUGGACCCCACCAGCCAAAGAUGGUGGCAGCCCAAUUAAAGGUUACAUAAUUGAGAUCCAGGAUGAGGGCACAUCUGAUUGGGCAAGGGUGAACGAUGCAGACAAUCUACAUCCGACUACCGAAUUUACCAUUCCCAAUCUGCAGGAACUCAAGAAAUACAGAUUUAGAAUUAUUGCAGUAAAUGAUAUUGGCGAGUCUGACCCAAGUCCUAGAACCUCAGAGGUUCUCAUGGAGGACAUUCACUCUGAGCCAAAAUUAUUUUUGGACAUGACUGCUGAAGAAUUACUGUGUAUCCCUGCUGGAUCUCCAAUCAAAAUCCCUGUAACUAUUACUGGCCGCCCUGUUCCAAAGGUUACUUGGGAAUUUGAUGGCAAAGCAAAGAAAGAGAAGAAAGAUCGUCUUCAUACCCUGCCAGUUGAUUCACAGGUGGAAUCUACUGACACUACCUCUGUUGUAACAAUUCCUGUGAGCUUGAGAGCUCACUCUGGCAGAUAUACUGUCACAGCAAAGAACAAAACUGGACAGAAACAUAUUAAUAUCAGAGUCAUUGUGCUUGAUGUUCCUGGUGCACCAAAGGAUCUCAAAGUUACUGAUAUUACCAGGUCUACAGUGCGGCUUAUCUGGAAACUCCCAGAUACUGAUGGUGGAGAGAGAAUUAAGAGCUACUUCAUUGAAAAGAAGGCUGUCAGUGGAAAGGCUUGGACAACAGUAAAUGCAGCCUGUGCCAGUAUGGCCUUUGUGGUGCCUGAGCUUCUUGAAGGUCAGGACUACCUGUUCCGAGUUCGUGCUGAGAAUCGACUUGGAAAGGGACCAUUCACUGAGACCACAGAGCCAGCAAGGACAAGAGAUCCCAUUUAUCCUCCUGAUCCUCCAACUAAGGUCAAGAUAAACCUUGUCACCAAGAACACAGUGACUCUAACAUGGAUGCCUCCAAAAAAUAAUGGUGGUGCACCAGUAACACAUUAUAUUAUUGAAAGGCUGAGCUGGGACACCAGUGCUCCACAAAAGGAGACCUGGAAACAGUGCAAUAAAAGGGAUGUUGAAGAGACAACCUUUAUUGUUGAAGACCUUAAAGAGGGUGGUGAAUAUGAGUUCCGUGUCAAAGCAGUGAAUGAAGCUGGUCCAAGCAGACCAUCUGUGACUGUUGGACCAAUAAUUAUCAAGGACCAGACCUGUGCUCCAACUAUCGAACUUAGAGAAUCUAUGGAAAGUGCAGAAACAUUUGAUAUCAACAUACUUGCCAGGAUCCAGGGAUGUCCAUUCCCAUCACUCGUUUGGCAGAGGGCCACAUUUGACAAGCCUGAUGAAAAGUUUGAUGUACACUAUGAUCAGCAUAUUAAUAAACUUGUCUCUGAUGACAAAUGUAGUCUAGUAAUUCAGCAAUCCAAGAGAGAUGACAGUGGAAUGUAUACACUCACAGCUACCAACAGCCUUGGACAGGCUUCCAAGGAUAUCAAACUUACCAUUUUGGGACGACCUGGGCCACCAGUUGGACCAGUCAAAAUUGAGGAAGUUUUCGCUGAAAGGAUUGGACUCUCUUGGAAUCCACCCACAGAUGAUGGUGGUUCUAAAAUCACAAACUAUGUCAUUGAGAAGCGUGAGGACAACAGAAAGACAUGGGUUCAUGUAUCUAGUGAGCCUAAGGAAUGUGCUUACACAGUUCAGAGGCUAACGGAAGGGCAUGAAUAUGAGUUCCGUAUUAUGGCUCAGAACAAAUACGGUAUUGGACCACCACUCUAUAGUGAACCUGAGAAAGCAAGAAACCUUUUCACUGUCCCUGGCCAAUGUAACAAGCCAACUGUGUCAGAAGUCACUCUUGAAUCCAUGACUGUUGAAUGGGAGGAGCCAGAGUAUGAUGGUGGAUCACCAGUUACUGGCUACUGGCUGGAGAAGAAGGAAACUACGUCAAAACGUUGGACAAAAGUGAACCGUGACCCCAUUAGAAUUAGGCCCCUUGGCAUUUCACAUGUUGUGACUGGUCUUUUGGAAGGAGCUACCUACCAGUUCCGUGUUAUUGCCUUUAAUGCUGCUGGAUGUGGACUUCCAAGUCUGCCAUCAGAUCCUGUUGUUUCUAGAGAUCCAAUUACUCCUCCAGGACCCCCUCUGCCAAAGGUAACAGACUGCUCUAAGUCAACUGUAGAUCUUGAAUGGAUUCCUCCACUGAUUGAUGGUGGAUCUAAGAUCACAGGAUACUUUGUUGAAUACAAAGAAGAAGGAAAGGAAGAAUGGGAGAAGGCUAAAGACAAGGAGAUUAGAGGCACUAAGUUUGUUGUUCCUGGACUCAAGGAGCUUGGACUCUAUAGGUUCAGAGUAAGAGCAGUGAAUGCUGCAGGAGUUGGUGAACCUGGUGAAGUCACUGAAGUAAUAGAGGUCAAGGAUAGAACAAUUCCUCCUGAAGUGGACCUGGAUGCAUCUGUAAAGGAGAAGAUUACUGUCCAUGCUGGUGGAGUAAUCCGUAUUAUUGCAUAUGUAUCUGGCAAACCUGCCCCAGAAAUUAUCUGGAACAAAGAUGAUGGUCAUAUGCCUAAAGAAGCUGUUGUUGAGACUACUGCUAUCAGCUCUUCUCUGGUCAUCAAAAAUUGCAAAAGAAAUCAACAAGGUAUUUACACCCUGACUGCCAAAAAUGAAGGAGGAGAAAGGAAGAAGGCAAUAAUUGUGGAAGUGCUGGAUGUUCCUGGACCUGUUGGUCAACCUUUCUCUGGUAUAAAUCUAACUACUGACUCCUGCAAGCUGACAUGGUCUUCACCUGAGGAUGAUGGUGGCUCUGCCAUCACCAAUUACAUAAUAGAAAAAAGAGAAUCUGACCGCAGAGGUUGGACUUCAGUAACAUACACUGUGACCAGACAUAAUGCUGUGGUACAGGGUCUUAUAGAUGGUAAAGCUUACUUCUUCAGAAUUGCUGCUGAAAAUAUAAUCGGAAGGGGCCCAUUUGUGGAGACCGCAUCAGAAGUUCUUAUUAAGGAUCCUAUUUCUGUCCCUGAGCGCCCAGAGGAUCUGGGAGUAACAGCUGUAACAAAAGAUUCUAUUAGCUUAGCAUGGAGACCACCAAAGUAUGAUGGUGGAGCAGAAGUGACAAGCUAUGUCCUUGAAGUCCGUCAGAUAGGAAAGGACCACUUUACCCGUGUUGCAACCAACAACAAGCUAAUGGAUCGUAGAUUUAUUCAUGAGGGUCUCAAAGAGGGUGCUACAUAUGAAUUCCGGGUCAGUGCUGUAAAUCAAAUUGGCCAAGGCAAGCCUUCAUUCAGCACUAAACCAAUUACAUGCAAGGAUGAGCUUGAGCCACCUACCCUUAAUCUGGAAUUCCGUGACACACUUUUAGUUCGUGUUGGGCAGCCAUGCACUCUCCAAGGUUCUUAUACAGGGAAACCAACACCAACAAUCAAAUGGUAUAAAAAUGAUGAGGAACUUGAAGCAAACGAUGAGAUUAUGCUCACCAGCACUAAGAAGACCUUGCGCUUGUCUAUUGAAAAGGCUAAGCGUGUUCACAGUGGUAAAUACACUGUGGUUGUGGAGAAUUCAACUGGCAUACAAAAGGGCAUCUGCACUGUUACUGUUGUUGAUCGACCACAACCUCCAGAGGGCCCUGUUGUCUUUGAAGAGAUCUUUAGGGAUCACAUGGUCAUCUCGUGGAAACCACCACUGGAUGAUGGUGGAUGUGCAGUAUCUAAUUACAUUGUUGAAAAGAGGGAUAGUAACAGGGAUCUCUGGAUGCCUGUCACUGAGUCCUGCACUAGAACUACAUGUAGAGUACCCAAACUAAUUGAGGGUAGAGAGUACAUUAUUAGAAUAUGUGCUCAGAAUAUUCAUGGCAUAAGUGACCCAUUGUUGUCUGCUGAGACAAAAGCCAGGGAUGUUUUCAAGGUGCCUGAUGCUCCUAAGCAACCAGUGGUGAAAGAGGUCUACAAAGAUACAGCUUUGAUUUCCUGGGAACCACCAGCUGAUGGCGGAAAACCAAUCACAAACUAUAUUGUCGAGAAGAGAGAAACAAUGUCAAACAGAUGGGUUCCUGCUGGAACUGACCGCAUCUUCCCCCAAACAGAAUACUGGGUUCCAGAUCUUCUGAAAGGAUGCGAGUAUGAGUUCCGUGUCAUGGCAGAGAAUGUCAUUGGUGUUGGCGAUCCCAGCCCACCCUCAAAGCCUGUCUUUGCUAAAGAUCCCAUUGUCGUUCCAAGCCCACCAGUAAAGCCAAUGGCAGUUGACAAAACAAAGAAUUCAAUCACACUAUCUUGGCAGCCACCAAAGGACUGUGGUAGAGGCAAAAUCCUAGGCUACCUGCUUGAGUACCAGAAAGCUGGAGAUGAGGAAUGGAUACAGGUUAAUCAGACUCCUGAGUCCUGCCCAGAAACAACAUUCAAAAUAGUCAACCUUGAAGAUGGAAUGUUGUACCGGUUUAGAGUAAAAGCAGUGAAUGCAGCUGGGGAAUCUGAACCUGCAAAUGUUCCUGAGCCUGUUCGGGCACAAGACAGACUUGAGCCUCCAGAGCUUCUGCUAGAUAUGGGAAUGCCUCGUGAGCUUAAAGCCAUGGCAGGAACUCAUAUAAAAAUUGUUGCUGGAAUCAAGGGUAUGCCUUUCCCCAAGGUCACAUGGAAGAAAAAUGAUACUAAUGUACCUCCAAGAGCAGAAAUUGAGACUUCUGGAGUAAGAUCUAAGCUUGAAAUGCGCUACUGUAACCGAGGAGAUUGUGGAGACUACACACUCAGUGUAGAAAACCCAGCUGGAUCCAAGACAGCAACAUGCACUGUGCUUGUUUUAGACAAACCUGGCCCAAUUCAAAAUCUGAGAGUAUCUGACGUCAGAAGUGACUCAGCUCAACUCUCCUGGAAAGAUCCUGAAGAUAAUGGUGGUGUUCGCAUCACCAACUUUGUGGUGGAGAAAAAGGAUGUUGCUUCUGCACAGUGGGUGCCAGUCUGUGCAACAUCCAAAAAGCGAAGCAUAAUGGCCAAGCAUUUGAUGGAAGGCACAUCAUACAUGUUCCGUGUGGCUGCCGAAAAUCAGUUUGGCAGAAGUGAAUAUGUUGAAACAACUAAACCUGUGAAAGCAAUGAACCCACUGUAUCCACCUGGUCCACCAAAGGACCUGCAUCAUGUAGAUGUUGACAAAACUGAGGUCUGGCUUGAGUGGAACUGGCCUGAUCGCACAGGAGGAAGUGAGAUCACUGGCUUCUUGGUUGAGUAUCAGGAGGAGGGUGAGAGAGACUGGAUAGUUUUCAAGACCGUGAGCAUACCUGAAUGCCAUGUGACAGGGCUAGAAGAGGGAAAAACGUAUAGAUUCCGUGUGAAAGCAGAGAAUGCAAUUGGACUUGGACGACCAGACACCACUGUGCCAGUGCUCUGCCAAGAAAAACUUGUGCCACCAAUUGUUGAGAUUGAUGCAAAACUGAUUGAUGGAAUCAUUGUGAAGGCUGGAAGCACUAUCAGGCUGCCUGCAAUCAUGAGAGGCAUUCCAGUUCCAACUGCAAAAUGGGCCAUUGAUGGUGAAGAAAUUAAAAGCCAAGGAAAUACCAAAAUUGACACAGAUAACUUUUCAACUGUUCUGAGCAUUGCUGAAUGCACAAGAAACCACACUGGAAACUAUAUUCUCACAGUAUCUAACCCUGCAGGAAGUAAAACUCUUUCUCUGAAUGUCACAGUACUUGAUGUCCCUGCUGCACCCAUAGGACCAGUUAACAUCCUUGAAGUAACUCCAGAUUCUAUGGUCAUUGAGUGGCGUCCUCCCAAAGAUGAUGGUGGAAGCCCUGUCAUGAAUUAUAUUGUUGAAAAAAGGGAAUCUAAUAAGGAAACCUGGGGAGGUGUUAGCUCUGGUAGUACUGCAACGCGACUUAAAAUUUCUCGUUUACAGAGUGGUGUUGAAUAUGUUGUAAGAAUCCGUGCAGAAAACAAGAUGGGAAUUGGUGCACCUCUUGAAAGUGCACCAACUGUGGCAAAGCACCAGUUUGAGCCACCUGGCCAUCCUGGAAAACCUGUUGCUUCUGAUAUCUCUGAGGAUGCGCUCACUCUUGGUUGGACAAUGCCACUGUAUGAUGGUGGCAGCCCUAUUUUUGGUUACAUUAUUGAGCGUAGACAUAAAGGAGGCAAAUGGAUUAGAGUAAAUAAGGUACCAUGCAAAGACCUCAGAUUCAGAGUGCUUGGACUUUUUGAGGGUAACGAUUAUGAGUUUAGAGUAUUUGCUGAAAAUAUUGUUGGCUUUAGUGGCCCCUCACCUAUCUCAGACCCAGCCAAACCCUGCAGGCCAAUCACAGUUCCUGGACCUCCAGUCAAUCCUAAAGUUAAAGAUUAUAGUUGCACUUAUGCUGACUUAGUCUGGAUAAAGCCUACAAGAGAUGGAGGUAGCCCAAUCCUGGGAUAUGUUGUUGAAUGGCAGAAAGCUGGUGGUGAAUGGGAUAAAGUUAACAAAGAUGAUUUGAUAAAACAAUGUGCAUAUAGAGUAAAGGGACUAAUUGAAGGCACAGAAUAUAGGUUCCGUAUUCGAGCAGUCAACAUGAUUGGAGAUGGCGAGACAAGAGAAAUCCCAGAAUCAGUUAUUGCUCAAGACAUACUAAUUCCCCCUGAGAUUGAGAUGGAUGUCAAAUGUCGUACACGUGUGACUGUACGUGUAGGUCACAACAUUAAUAUUACUGGAUAUGUGAAGGCAAGACCAGAUCCUGAGAUUACUUGGACCAGAGGAGAGACUGUUUUAGAAAGAGAUAAACGUACUACUCUCACAAAUAACUUCCCUGUAGUACAUAUGCGUAUCAAGGAAGCAACCAGAGCAGAUCAUGGAAAGUAUGUUCUUAAAGCUGUCAAUGAUGGCGGAGAAGCCUCAGCUACCAUCACUGUAACUGUAUUGGACAGACCUGGACCCUGCAGGAAUCUUAUAUUGACAUAUGUGACCAAAAAUUCUUGUAUGGUGAACUGGGAUGCUCCUGAGGACAAUGGAGGCACUGAGAUUACAAACUACAUUGUUGAGUGUCGCGAGCCAAGCAGCAGAACUUGGUCAAUGAUCUCUUCUGACUGCACCAACCGCAAAGUAAAGGCAAAACUCCUGGAGAAUCAUGAAUAUUUGUUCCGUGUAACUGCAGAGAACAAGUGCGGUCCUGGUCAAGCAACAGAAACCAAAACACCUAUCCUUGCAAUUGAUCCACUACAGAAACCUAGUGAACCAGAAAAUUUCCAUGUAGCUGAUGUUGGCAAGAACUUUGUUUUCCUGAGAUGGCGAAAACCAGAUUAUGAUGGUGGCAGUCCAAACUUAGGGUACAUUCUGGAAAAGAAAGCAAAGGAUGCCGAAAAUUGGGAAAGCUCACAUGAUGGCAUAAUCAAAAAUACAUUCUUUAUGGUAGACAAAUGUGUUGAGAACCAAAUUUAUCACUUUAGAAUUAAGGCAAAAAAUGAUGGUGGUGAAAGCAACUGGGUGAAGACAUCUGAUGUUCUUGUCAAAGAAGAAAUUCAAAAACCAGUUCUUGACCUCAAAUUCACUGGUACUAUAGUGGUUAAAGCUGGUGAAUCAGUCAGGCUUGAGGCAGCUCUCAGAGGAAAGCCACAACCUGAGGUAAAAUGGGUGAAGGACAAGGCUACAGAAGAUAAUCCAAGAGUCACUAUUGACACUGGAGCAGAUUAUUCCAAAUUCCUUAUGACCAAAACCAGACGAUCUGACACUGGAAAAUAUAUAAUCACUGCCACAAACUCUGCUGGAAGUUUCACUGCAUAUGCAACUAUAACUGUUUUGGACAUACCAGGACCUGUCAGGGAUGUCAGGGUCACUGGUGUGUCCACAGACAAAUGCAGAGUUGUGUGGGAUCCUCCAGAGGAUGAUGGUGGUUGUGAAGUGGAUAGCUAUAUUUUAGAAAAAUGUGAAACCAGAAGAAUGGUUUGGUCUACAUAUUCUGCUAAUGUAAUUACUAACUACUGUAAUGUGACUCGUCUUGUGGAAGGCAAUGAGUACAUCUUUAGGGUCAGAGCAGAAAACAAGAUGGGAACAGGUCCUCCAAUGGAAAGCAAGCCUGUUAUUGCCAAAACACAGUACGGCAGACCUGGUCCACCUGAUCCACCAGAGGUCACCAAAAUUGGCAAAGAUGAGAUGACUGUGAUAUGGGCUCCUCCUGAGAAUGAUGGUGGAAAAUCCAUUACUGGCUACAUCCUGGAAAAGAAGGAGAAGCGUGCUGUACGAUGGGUACCUGUUACAAAAAGCCCCAUCUCUGAGAGGCGCAUGAAAGUAACCAACUUAAUUCCUAACCAUGAAUAUCAAUAUCGUGUUAAAGCUGAAAAUGAGGUUGGACUGGGAGAACCAAGCAAACCUUCAAGACCAAUUGCUGCUAAGGAUCCAAUUGAGCCUCCUGGUCCUCCUGGAGGUCUGAAGGUGGUGGACAGCACAAAGACUUCAAUUACACUUGGCUGGUGCAAGCCAGUGUAUGAUGGUGGUGCUCCAAUCAUAGGAUAUUUGGUUGAAAUGAGAGAGAAAAUUGAAAUGGAAGGUGAACAAGAGCGAGAUCCAGAUGAAGGCUGGUCAAAAUGCAAUACUAGUGGGCAGCUUGUUCUCACUGAAUUUACAAUGCUUAAUUUGGAUGAGAGGAAGCAAUAUGAAUUCCGUGUCUCUGCACAAAAUCAAGUUGGAAUGGGUCGCCCAGCAAAACUUAAAGAUUCUGUGACACCAAAAGAGAUUCAUGAAUUACCAGAGAUUGAUCUGGAUGCCAGUUUGAGAAAGGGAAUCAGUGUAAGAGCAGGUUGUCCCAUAAGACUAUGUGCUACAAUCAGAGGACGGCCGGCACCUAAAGUGACCUGGAAACGCAUUGGUAUUGACAAUGUUGUCAGAAAAGGUCAUGUGGACCAGAUUGAUACAAUGACCUUUCUUGUUAUACCUGAGAGCACACGUGAAGACUCUGGAAAAUACUCUCUGACACUCUCAAAUCCUUCAGGAGAGAAAGCUGUAUUUGUUCGUGUUAAGGUCUUGGAUACUCCUGGACCAGUUGGUGAACUGGAAGCAACUGAUGUCACAAAGACAUCUUGCCAACUCUCCUGGUCACCUCCAGAAAAUGAUGGUGGUUGUCCAAUCCUUAACUACAUUGUUGAAAAGCGUGAAGUAGAUAGGAAGACAUGGACAAAUUGCACCAAUGAAUUAAAGAAAACAAGCUUUAAAAUCACAAACCUAACACCGGGAACUGAAUACUACUUCAGAGUCAUGGCAGUCAACAAGUAUGGUAUUGGAGUGCCAAAAGACUCUCCAAAAUCUUAUUUGGCUGUGGAUCCCAUGAGUGAACCAGAUCCACCCAAAAAGAUGGAUGUCUUAGAAAUUUCAAAGAACAGUGCAACUCUUGGGUGGCUGAAACCACUGAGAGACGGAGGAUCUAAGAUUAAUGGCUAUAUAGUUGAUUACCAGGAGGCUGGUCAACCUGAGGACAAAUGGACAACAUACUCAGUUGUAAAAGACUUAAGCAUUGUAGUUGUUGGUCUAAAAGAAAACACAAAAUAUAGAUUCAGGGUUGCUGCAAGAAACUCUAUAGGAUGCAGUCUGCCAAGAGAAGCUGAAGGAAUUUUUGAAGUCAAAGAGCAGCUGAUGGGACCAAAGAUAAUCAUGCCUGAUGUGGUCAUGGCAAAAGCAGGAACAAAGUUAAAGGUUGAAGCGCUUGUAUCUGGCAAACCUGUUCCAGUCACAACAUGGAAAAGAGGAAGUGAUGAUGUGGUUACAUCUGAUCGUCUUUCAGUGCAAAAGACAAUGUCCUCAUCCACAUUAAUGAUUAAGGAUGUUUCAAGGAAGGACAGUGGUUAUUACAGUCUUUCUGCAGAGAAUAACAUUUCUAAAGUCAACCAAAUCCUCAGACUUAUCAUCAUGGACAUCCCUGGUCCCCCAGAGGGGCCCCUGGAAAUUCUUGAUGUGGAUAUUGAUGCCUGCACACUUGCAUGGAACUCACCAACUGAGGAUGGUGGCAGCAACAUAACUAAUUAUGUUGUUGAAAAAUGUGAUGUGAGCAGAGGUGACUGGGUCCCUGCUGUAGCCUCUUGCACCAAGACCAGUUGCAGAGUGGUAAAACUUACCCCUGGCAACGAAUAUGGUUUCAGAGUGCGUGCUGAAAAUCGUUUUGGAAUUUCAGAGCCAAUCUACUCUGAAAAAAUGAUUGCGAGAUAUCCAUUUGAUCCACCCAGUGAACCAAGGAACUGCUGUGUCAAUAAAAUCAACAAGGAAUUUGUUGUUUUGUCUUGGGAGAGACCUGUAAAUGAUGGUGGUAGUCCUAUUAUAGGAUACUUAAUUGAACGUAAAGAGAGAAACAGCCUUUUAUGGGUCAAAGCAAAUGAGACACUUGUUCGUCCAACUGAAUACUCCUGCUAUGGCCUUAUUGAUGGUCUGGAAUACACAUUCAGAGUAUCUGCAGUGAAUAAGGCAGGCCAAAGCAAACCAAGCAAACCUUCUGAGAUAAUUACAGCAAGGGCCCCAGUUGAUGCACCUGGUAAACCGGAGGUUCUUGACAUAACAAAACAUUCAGUUUCCCUUGUUUGGAACCGUCCAAAACAUGAUGGUGGUAGCAAAAUUAUUGGCUAUUAUGUUGAGUCUUUGAAGCUUCCAGGUGACAAAUGGGUACGUGUAAAUGCAAGCAGCCAAAAUGUGCCAAAAGAGGAGUACAUUGUCACUGGACUUGAAGAGGGUGCCCAAUACAAGUUCAGAAUUAUUGCAAAGACAGCAAUUAACAUCAGCGAGCCUUCAGAAGAGUCUGAUGCAAUCACAGUCAUUGCAGAGCAUGUUCCACCCAGAGUUGAGAUCAGUCUUGAAAUGAAGAAUCUAAUCACUGUCAAAGCUGGAGCAAAUGUUUGCCUUUAUGCUGAGGUCUAUGGAAAACCAUUACCAAAGGUUACAUGGAAAAGAGAUGGUGUGCCAUUGUCAGUUGUUGAAGGCAUAAAGAUGUCUCAGAAGAGACACCUCUUCCUCUUAGAAUUGUUCUCUGUAACAAGAAAGGAAUCUGGAGAGUACACUAUUGUUGCUGAGAACCCUAGUGGCACUAAAUCUGGCAACAUUAAACUUAAGGUUCUGGAUAAACCAGGACCCCCAGCUUCAGUAAAGGUCAGCCAAGUCUUUGCUGACCGGGUCAAACUGCGAUGGGAGCCACCUCUUUCAGAUGGUGGUGCUGAAAUUACCAACUACAUUGUUGAUAAACGUGAAACAAGCAGAGCUAACUGGGCUCAGGUUACUUCCAACAUUAAUGGCCAAAUUACAAACUGCUCAGUGGAGAAACUCAUUGAAGGUCAUGAAUAUGAGUUCCGCAUCAGUGCUGAAAACAAGUAUGGUAUUGGUGACCCAAUUGUCACUAACUCUGUCAUUGCUAAGAAUCCAUUUGAUGUUCCUGGACCUUGUGACCCACCUGUUAUUACCAAUAUUACCAAAGACCACAUGACUGUGAGCUGGAAGGCCCCUGCUGAUGAUGGCAAAUCCCCUAUCCUUGGAUACAUGGUGGAAAAACGUGAAAUUCAGGAGCUCACCUGGUCUAAAAUAAACAGAAAACCUGUUAUUGAUAGAACCAUUAAAGCAGGAGGUCUCACUGAGGGUUCUGAGUAUGAAUUUAGAGUUAUUGCUCUCAAUAAGGCUGGUCUUGGCAAACCAAGUGAUGCUUCUAAAGCUGCUCUUGCAGUGGACCCACUAUAUCCUCCAGGGCCACCUGCUUUCCCCAAGAUUGUUGAUUCUACACACAGUUCAAUCAGUCUAUCGUGGACCAAGCCUGCCUAUGAUGGUGGCUGUGAAAUUUUAGGUUACCUGGUUGAGGUCAAGAGGGCAGAUUCAGAGGACUGGUUAAAGUGCAAUAUACCAAAAAAUCUCCAGGACACAAAGUUCCUUGUCACUGGGCUCCUUGAUAACACAGAAUAUCAGUUCCAUGUGCUUGCUGUAAAUAAGAUUGGAUUUAGUGAGCCAAGUGAAGUUCCUGGGACGCAUAUGGCAAAAGAUAUUUUAAUUGCUCCUGAGGCAGACCUUGAUGCAGAUCUUAGGAAAGUACUUGUAUUGCGUGCUGGAGUCACACUGAGAAUCUAUGUGCCAGUUAGAGGCAGACCUGCACCAAAGGUGACAUGGAGCAAGGUCAAUGCCAACCUGAAGGAGAGGCAAGGUCUUAUGAUCAACACAACUGAAUGGGAUACAUUUGUAUACUGUGAAAAUAUCAACAGAUAUGAUGCUGGCAAAUAUGUGCUGACCCUUGAAAACAGCAGUGGAUCCAAGUCCUAUACCAUUGUUGUCAAAGUCUUAGACACCCCUGGACCACCACUCAACCUGAUUGUAAAAGAAACAUCAAGAAAUCAUGCAUCCAUCACUUGGGAUCCUCCACUUAUUGAUGGGGGAAGUCCAGUGAAGAGCUAUGUUGUGGAAAAACGUUUGGCAGAACGGAAAGCAUGGACCUGUGUUGCUUCUGAGUGCCCUAAAACAUCUUUCAGAAUCACUAACCUAGAGGCUGGGAAAGCUUACUGUUUCAGAGUCUCAGCUGAAAAUGUUUAUGGUAUUGGUGAAGGCUGUGAGACAGCUGGGCCAGUUAAAGCCUCAGAGCAACCUGGACCAGUUACAGACUUCAAACCAGCACUGGUCACCAAGGAUUCUUGCACUCUUUAUUGGAAGAAGCCCAUCAGUGAUGGUGGAAGCCACAUUGUUGCAUAUGCAUUGGAAAUCAGUGAAGGUGAAGACAAAUGGAAACAGCUCAUGAAGGCCAAACAACUGCAAUACACAGUAAAGGAACUACAAGAAGGAAAAGAAUACUCUUUCAGAGUUAAGGCUUUUAAUGAGUCUGCUGAAGGACCCCCCACUGAACUGACAGUGGUGGCUAAGGAUCAAAUUGUUCUCCCAGACUGUGACCUUAAGGGGUUGCCAGAUUCUUGUUACGUGGCAAAGGAGGGAAGCACAAUUCGCCUCACAAUCCCAAUUUCUGGCAUUCCUGCCCCAACAGUCAUGUGGAAGAAAGGAGAUGUUACCUUGGGAGACAGUGGAAGAAUCUCUGUUGAAUCCACGGUAGCAAACACAACCUUGCUGAUACGUGACUGUCAGAGAGGUGAUGCAGAGAAGUACUGUCUCAUUUUGAAAAACAGUGCAGGAACCAAGGAAUCCACCAUAGACCUCAAGGUAGUUGGGAAGCCUGGAAUCUGCACAGCACCCAUUACAUUUGAUGAAAUUACAGCUGAUGGAAUUACUUUGGAAUGGGGUCCACCCAAGGAUGAUGGUGGAUCAGAAAUUUCCAAUUACAUCUUAGAGAAGAGGCAAUCCACAAAUAACAAGUGGGUCACUGUUGCUUCCGCUAUUCAGAAGAACACAUUGAGAGUCACCAGACUCCAUGAAGGAACAGAGUACCUAUUCAGAGUAUGUGCUGAAAACAAAUAUGGUGUUGGAGACUUCCUGAGAUCCGAUCCAGUGGUGGCUAAACAUCCAUUCAAUGCGCCAGAGGCUCCAGAUCCACCACAGGUCUUGGCUAUUCGCCAUGAGUCUGCUAUUGUGUCAUGGACAGAUCCAAAGGAUACUGGAGGCUCUGCUAUUACAGGAUACCAUGUGGAAUUCAAAGAUAGGAACAGUUUAUUGUGGAAGAGAGCCAGCAAGACACCUCUGAGAGUGAAGGAGUGUAGAGUCACUGGUUUAAUUGAGGGUCUCGAGUAUGAAUUUAGAGUUAUGGCUAUAAACAUGGCUGGACUAGGAAAGCCAAGCAAACCAACUGAAGCAUUUGUUGCCCUUGAUCCAAUUGAUCCUCCUGGCAAACCUGAUGUAAUCAACAUUACAAGGAACAGUGUAACACUCGUUUGGACUGAGCCUAAAUAUGAUGGAGGUCAUAAACUGACCGGCUAUAUUGUUGAAAAACUAGAGCAUCCAGGAAAAGUCUGGAUGAAGGCCAACCAUGUCAAUAUCCACACUUGUGGUUUCACAGUAACCGAUUUGCAAGAAGGCUGCAUGCACAAUUUUAGAAUUAGGGCAAAGAAUGCAGCUGGUGCCAUCAGUGCUCCCUCAGAACAAACUGAAACCCUUGUCUGCAAAGAUGAAUAUGAGCCACCAACUAUUACAAUUGACCCUGAAAUGAAGGAUGGUGUCAGUGUCAGGGCUGGAGACACAAUUGUGAUUUCUGCUUCAAGUAUCCUUGGGAAACCUCCACCUACAUCUGUUUGGUCUAAGGGAGGAAGAGAAUUAAAACCAUCAGAUGUUGUCCAGAUUACAAGCACUCCCACAACUUCAACAUUGUCAAUUAAAUAUGCCACUAGAAAGAACACUGGGGAAUAUACAAUUACUGCUAGCAACCCAUUUGGUAUUAAGGAAGAAAGAGUAAAAGUAAAAGUCCUAGAUGUACCAGGUCCUCCUGGUCCUAUUGAGGUCAGCAGUGUUUCUGCUGAAAAAUGUACGCUGACAUGGUUACCACCAGAAGAAGAUGGCGGCUGUGCUAUCAAAUCAUAUAUCAUCGAAAAGAGAGAAACUAGUCGCCUACUUUGGACAAAGCUUGCUGAAAAUGUAAUGGAUUGCCGUCAUGUGGCCUGCAAGUUGAUUAAAGGCAAUGAAUAUAUCUUCCGUGUUUCAGCAGUGAAUCAGUAUGGUACAGGUGAUGCUAUCCAGUCUGGUCCAGUAAAAAUGGUUGACAGCUUUGGACCCCCUGGGCCACCAUCACAACCAGAAAUUGAUAAUGUCAGCAGAACUGCUGUUACUAUUUCCUGGAAGAGACCAGUGGUGGAUGGAGGAAGUGAUAUUACAGGUUACAGUGUUGAGAGAAAGGAACGGAGAGGUAUGAGAUGGGUUAGAGCUUCAAAGAAGACCAUCUCAGAUCUGCGUUACAAAGUAUCAGGCCUUACAGAAGGGGUUGAGUAUGAGUUCCGUGUAACUGCCGAGAACAAAGCUGGUUUUGGAGAACCCAGUGAGCCAUCUCAACCAGUGCUGACAAAGGACAUUGCAUAUCCACCUGGACCUCCAUCCAAUCCAAGAAUAACUGAUACCACCAAAACAACAGCAACAUUUAACUGGGGAAGACCCUUUUAUGAUGGUGGCCUUGAUGUGACAGGAUAUAUUGUUGAGCACAAAAAGGAAGGAAAAGAUGAUUGGAUUCAAGACACAAUUUCUCCAUUGAGAAUCACUGAGUUUGUUGUUUCAAACCUACAAGCAGGUGGCAAGUAUCAUUUCAGAGUCAGCGCAAUUAAUUCAGAAGGAUGUGGGGAGCCUGCAGAAGUUGAAAAAAUUGUGGAACUUGUUGAACGUGAAGAGAUUCCAGACUUUGAACUUGAUGCAGAACUGAGAAGAACACUUGUUGCUCGAGCAGGUGCCUCCAUCCGCAUAUUUGUACCAAUUAAAGGACGUCCAACUCCCGAAGUUACAUGGAUGAAAGAUAAUGUUGCUCUCAAAGGUAGAGCUCAUAUUGACAAUACUGAAUCAUACACUCUAGUGGUCGUUCCUGAAUGUACACGAUAUGAUGCUGGAAAAUACAUUUUGACUUUAGAAAAUGUUGCUGGAAAGAAGACAGGAUUUGUUAAUGUUAGAGUUGUAGACACACCUGGGCCUCCAGUCAAUUUGAAACCAAGGGAAAUCACCAAAAACAGUAUCACACUUCAGUGGGAAAUUCCAAUUAUUGAUGGUGGAUCAAAGAUAAUAAAUUACAUAAUUGAGAAGCGUGAUGCAACUAGAAAAGCCUUCACAACAAUCACUACAAAUUGGCAGAAAUGUUCAUACAAGGUUAACGAUUUGGAAGAGGGUGCUGAAUAUUACUUUAGAGUCUUAGCUGAAAAUGAACAAGGUAUUGGUGAGGCGGCCGAGACAGCUGAACCUAUCAGAGCUUCUCAGGCUCCAUCUUCACCAGACAGUUUAGUAGUUACAAAUGUGACAAAGGAUACAGCAACUCUUGCAUGGACAAAACCAGCAUAUGAUGGUGGUAGCAGAAUCACUGGCUAUGUGAUUGAGGCUCAGAAGAAGGAUUCUGAUCACUGGGUACAUGUCACAACAAUAAAGGCUUUGGACUAUACUGUCACAGACUUAACAGAAAAUGCAGAAUAUGUAUUCCGUAUCUUUGCUGUGAAUAGCUCAGGUAGAAGUGAACCUCGUGAAAGCCGGCCAGUUGAAAUAAAUGAGCAGACUACAGUACCAGGUUUUGACCUCAGAUCUGUUUAUCAGAAGUUGGUAGUAGCCAAAGCAGGUGAUAAUGUGAAGGUUGAGAUCCCGGUUAUUGGUCGUCCAAGACCAUCUGUUGUCUGGAAGAAAGAAGAUCAUGAACUUAAACAAACACAAAGAAUCAACAUUGACAACACAACAACCUCAACAAUUCUUAACAUCCGAGAAAUCAAGAGAAAAGAUGAAGGACAGUAUUCAAUGACAGGGAAGAAUACACUGGGAACAGUUACAGAGACCAUUACUGUACAAGUACAUGAUAUCCCAGGACCUCCAACAGGACCGAUUAAAGUGGAUGAAGUGUCCUGUGACUAUAUAAUUAUAUCCUGGGAUGCACCAGAGAAUGAUGGAGGAGUACCUAUCAACAAUUACAUUGUCGAGAUGAGAGAGACAACUGGCACAUCUUGGGUUGAGUUAGCAGCUACUGUCAUUCGCACAACAUUUAAAGCUGCACGUCUUACAACAGGAAUUGAAUAUCAGUUCCGUGUAAAAGCUCAGAACAGAUAUGGAGUUGGUCCCUACAUAACAUCUGAACCUGUUGUUGCUGCUUAUCCAUUUGAUGUACCAGGCCAGCCAGGUAUUCCACAAGCUGUUGCCUUCACAAAAGAUUCUAUUACAAUUAGCUGGAAUGAACCUUCCACAGAUGGGGGAAGCCCGAUUUUAGGAUAUCAUAUUGAAAGAAAAGAGAAAAACAGCAUCCUGUGGCAGCGUAUCAGCAAAGCCCUUAUAGUGGGGAAUAUUUUUAAGUCAUCUGGUCUGAUGGAUGCUAUUGCAUAUGAAUUCCGUGUUAUUGCUGCAAACAUGGCUGGUCUUAGCAAGCCAAGCAAGGCUUCUGAGAUGAUAUUUGCACUUGAUCCAGUGGAGCCUCCCAGUCAACCUUUGGCACUUAAUAUAACUAGACAUGAGGUUACACUUCAAUGGAUGAAACCACAGAAUGAUGGUGGUUUCCCAAUAACUGGGUACACUGUGGAAAAGAGAGAACUGCCAAAUGGCCGCUGGCUGAAAGCAAAUUUUGGCAAUAUCCAUGAGACAAGCUUCACUGUAAGUGGACUAACAGAAAAUUCUUCAUAUGAAUUCCGUGUCUUUGCAAGAAAUUCAGCUGGAUCUGUCAGCAAGCCCUCGAAACCCUCAGAAGUUAUAAUCUGCAGAGAUGAUAUUGAGGAGCCAAAGCUUGAUGUUGAUUCAAGCUUUAGCAGUAUUGUGGUAGUUAAGGCAGGUGAAGUCUUCAAACUAGAUGCAAAUGUUACUGGUAGACCAAUCCCAUCCUUUGUAUGGACAAAAGAUGGGAAAGAACUUGAAGACACUGGAAAACUAGAGAUCAAAACAGCAGAUUUCUAUACAUGCUUAAUCAACAAAGAUUCAUUAAGAAGAGAUGGUGGUGCAUUUACUCUAACUGCGAGCAACCCUGGAGGAUUUGCCAAGUUUGUUUUCAAUGUUAAGGUCCUUGAUAGGCCAGGGCCUCCUGAAGGGCCCCUUCAUGUUACAGACAUGACCACAGAGAAAUGUAUUCUGUCUUGGCUACCACCACUUGAAGAUGGAGGAGCAAAGAUUGAUUGUUAUAUAAUUCAGAGACGUGAAACAAGCAGACUUACAUGGACAAAUGUAGCCACAGAUUUACAAGUCAACCGUUUUAAAGUCACCAAAUUAUUAAAAGGAAAUGAAUAUGUGUUCAGAGUUAUGGCUGUAAAUAAAUAUGGAGUUGGUGAGCCCCUGGAGUCAGAGCCUGCAGUUGCAACUAACCCAUAUGUACCCCCAGAUCCACCACAAGCUCCAGAAGUAACAACAAUUACAAAGGAUUCUAUGGUGGUUUGUUGGGGGCAUCCUGAAAACAAUGGAGGAAGUGACAUAAAUACUUACAUAAUUGAAAGAAGGGAUAAAACUGGCCUCCGGUGGGUCAAAUGCAAUAAGAGGUCAGUAACUGAUUUGCGGUUUAAAGUGUCUGGACUUACACCAGGGCACGAAUAUGAAUUCAGGAUCUUUGCUGAAAAUGCUGCUGGUUUAAGUGCCCCAAGCCCUUCAAGUCCAUUUUAUAAGGCAUGUGACACAAUAUUCCAGCCUGGACCUCCAGGGAAUCCAAGAAUAUUGGAUACAACCAAGUCAUCCAUUACUGUUGCUUGGAACAAACCUCUUUAUGAUGGUGGUUCAGACAUUACAGGAUAUAUUGUAGAAACCUGCCUACCAGAAGAGGAUGAAUGGACAGUUGUCACUCCAAGGGAGGGUCUUACUAGAACAUCAUUUACCAUAAUUAAUUUAAAAGAAAACCAAGAAUAUAAGAUCAACAUUUCUGCCCUGAACUGUGAGGGUGUUGGAGAACCUGCAUCAGUACCUGGUUUACCAAAAGCAGAGGACAGAUAUAUUUCACCUGAAAUUGAGCUUGAUUCAGAUCUUCGAAAAUUGGUAAACAUUAGAGCUUGUGGCACACUGAGGCUGUUUGUACCAAUUAAAGGAAGACCUGCACCAGAAGCUAAAUGGUCAAGGGAGAAUGGUGAACCUCUUGACAAAGCAUCUAUUGAGACCACAACAUCAUUCACAUCACUUGUUAUUGAGAAUGUUAACAGGUUUGACAGUGGAAAGUAUCUGCUAACAGUAGAAAACAGCUCUGGCAGUAAAACAGCAUUUGUGAAUGUCAGGGUGCUUGACACUCCAGGGGCACCACAAAAUCUCACAAUCAAAGAAAUCACAAAAGAUUCUGUUUCACUGAUCUGGGAUCCUCCAAUUAUUGAUGGCGGAUCAAGAGUCAGACAUUACCUCGUAGAAAAACGUGAAUCCACCAGAAAGGCAUAUUCCAUUGUAAAUGCUUCCUGCCCCAAAACAAGUUGGAGAAUUGGUGAUCUGCAGGAGGGAAGCUUGUAUUUCUUCAGAAUUUUGGCUGAAAAUGAAUAUGGCAUUGGCCUUCCAGUGGAAACUGCUGAACCAGUCAAGAUUUCUGAAAAGCCUUUGCCACCUGGCAAGGUGACUCUUAAAGAGGUAACUGGCAGCAGUGUAACUCUGUCCUGGGAGAAGCCAGAUCAUGAUGGAGGAAGCAGGAUUACAGGAUAUGUUGUGGAAAUGCAAGGAAAGGGCAGUGACAAAUGGACCCAGGUCAUGACUGUUAAGGUAACAGAGGCAGUUAUUGCUGGUCUGAUUCAAGGUGAAGAGUACUCAUUCCGUAUAUCAGCAACAAAUGAAAAAGGGACAAGUGAUCCCCGUCUACUCAGUGUGCCUGUUGUGGCAAAGGAUCUUAUCAUCACACCUGCAUUCAAGCUUUUGUUUAAUACAUUCAGUGUGCUGGCAGGUGAUGACCUCAAGAUAGAUGUACCUUAUGUUGCUCAGCCCAAGGCAGCAGUUACCUGGUUUAAAGAUGGCACUCUUCUCAAAGAGACAACACGGGUAAAUUCUGAAGUUACUGACAGUCAUCUAUACCUUGUAAUCAAGGAAGCAACACGUGAUGAUGUGGGAAAAUAUACUAUCAAGAUUACAAACUCAGCCGGAGAAGCUACAGCUGACAUCGCUGUUGUUGUACUUGAUAAACCUGGUCCUCCGACUGGACCUAUCAAGAUAGAUGAGGUAACUGCAGACAGUAUGACAUUGUCCUGGCAACCACCAGAGUAUGAAGGUGGUUGUUCAAUUAAUAAUUAUAUUGUGGAAAAGAGAGACACAUCCACCACAAACUGGCAGAUUGUGUCAGCUACAGUUGCUAGAACAACCACCAAAGCUGCAAGGCUGAAAACUGGCUGUGAGUAUCAAUUCAGAAUUGCAGCUGAAAACAGAUAUGGUAAGAGUUCAUUCCUACUUUCUGAUCCUGUAAUUGCACAGUAUCCAUUUGAGGUGCCAAGUGCACCAGGGACUCCCACUGUUCAGUCUGCUACCAAAGAAACUAUGGCCAUUGUUUGGAAUAAGCCUAGCAGUGAUGGUGGAAGCAAGAUUAUCGGUUAUCAUCUUGAGAGUAAGGAAAGAAAUAGCCUCCUGUGGGUGAAACAAAAUAAAACCAUCAUUCCAGACUCAAGAUUCAAGGUUAGUGGUCUCGAAGAAGGCAUUGAAUAUGAGUUCAGAGUUUAUGCUGAGAAUAUUGUUGGACUAAGCAAAGCCAGCAAAGUGUCAGAAAUACAAGUAGCAAGAGAUCCCUGUGACCCACCAGGCAAACCAGAAGCAGUAAUUGUCACUAGAAGCUCUGUAACAUUACGAUGGACAGCACCAGAAUUUGAUGGUGGCAGCCGAAUAACUGGCUAUGUAGUUGAGAAGAAAGAAUUGCCUAAUGGUCGAUGGAUGAAGGCUAGUUUCACAAAUAUCUUAGAAACUGAAUUUGUUGUCAGUGGCUUGGUGGAAGAACAACAAUAUGAAUUCAGAGUCAUUGCAAAAAAUGCAGCUGGUGUGCUUAGUGAACCAUCUGGCAGUACUGGCGCAAUAACUGCAAAGGAUGAAAUAGAGCCACCUAUGAUUGACUUGGAUGCUAAAUAUUCUCAAACCAUGAUUGUUAAUGCUGGAGAUUCAUUUAAGAUUGAUGCUGGAAUAUUUGGUAAGCCUAUACCAUCAGUCCAUUGGAUAAAAAACUGUGAGGAACUCGUUAAUACAGCUAGACUUGAGAUUAAAAAUACAGACUUUACAGCCUCUUUAAGUGUUAAAGAAGCUAUUCGUGUUGAUGGAGGUCAGUACACACUGCUGUUGAAAAAUGUUGGUGGUGAGAAAUCUAUAAACAUCAGUGUAAAAGUUCUAGACAGGCCUGGACCACCAGAAGGGCCUAUUUCUAUAUAUGGGGUUACAAGUGAGAAAUGUUGCAUAGCAUGGAAAACACCUUUACAUGAUGGAGGUGCUGAAGUAUCUCAUUAUAUUGUUGAAAGAAGGGAGACCAGCCGAUUAGUUUGGACUGUUGUGGAAUCUAAGGUGCAAACCCUUAAUCUGAAGAUUACCAAGCUUCUACCUGGAAAUGAGUACAUUUUCAGAGUGAUCCCUGUCAACAAAUAUGGAAUUGGUGAGCCUUUGGAAUCUGAUCCAGUUUUUGCCAGAAAUCCAUUUGUCACACCCGAUCCACCAACUGGGGUGGAGAUAUCUAAUAUAACAAAGGACUCCAUGGUUGUUACUUGGGAAAGACCCAUUAAUGAUGGAGGUAAUGCAAUUACAGGAUAUGUAAUUGAAAAGAGGGACAAAGAAGGUGUCAGAUGGACAAGAUGCAACAAGCGUUCAGUUAGUGAACUACGCUUUAGAGUGACAGGUCUUCUUGAAAACCACAGUUAUGAAUUCCGUGUCUCUGCUGAGAAUGCAGCUGGAAUUGGCAAACCAAGUGCCACUACUGUUUACUUCAAGGCUUUUGAUCCAAUCUUCAGGCCAGGUCCACCAAACAACCCUAAGGUUAUUGAUAUUUCAAGGUCAUCUGUUGUACUGCAUUGGAGCAAACCAAUUUAUGAUGGUGGAUGUGAGAUUCAAGGUUAUAUUGUUGAAGCCUGCGAAGGCAUAUCUGAUGAGUGGACAAUGUGCACACCUCCCACUGGAAUCACAGAAACAAGUUUUGAAGUUAAAAAACUGCUGGGAAAACAUGAAUACAAAUUCAGAAUUUGUGCCAUAAAUAAGGUUGGAGUUGGAGAACAUGCAGAUAUAAAAGAAUCAAUUCUCGUGGAGGACAAAUUGGAGCCACCAGAUAUUGAUCUUGAUGCUGACCUAAGAAAGAUGAUCACUGUUAGAGCUGGAGGAGCCCUUAGAUUGUUUGUUCCAAUCAGAGGCAGACCAGCUCCUGAGGUUAAAUGGGGAAAAGCCGAAGGUGAAAUUAAUGAGACAGCACAAAUUGACAUCACAAGCAGUUAUACUUCCCUUGUAAUUGAGAACAUUAACAGAUUUGACAGUGGAAAAUACACUUUGUCUUUGGAAAAUGCAAGUGGUACAAAAUCUGCAUUUAUUAGUGUCCGAGUACUUGACACUCCUGAUGCACCUGCAAAUUUUCAUGUGAAGGAAAUAACAAAGAAUUCUGUUACCCUCACUUGGGAGCCACCUUUGCUGGAUGGUGGAGCUAAAAUAAAAAAUUAUAUUGUUGAAAAGCGUGAGAGUACAAGGAAGGUAUACUCUACUGUUGCUUCCUGCAACAAGAUGACAUAUAAGAUUGAACAUCUACAAGAGGGCAGCAACUACUUCUUUAGAGUUCUUGCUGAAAAUGAAUAUGGAAUUGGAUUACCUGCUGAAACACUUGAACCACUAAAAAUCUCAGAAGUCCCACAACCUCCUGGAAAAAUCUCUGUAGUGGAUGUUACACGCAAGAGCAUCUCUCUGUCUUGGGAAAAACCAGAACAUGAUGGGGGUAGUAGAAUCACUCACUAUGAGGUUGAGAUGCAAGCAAAAGACAGUGAAAAGUGGUCUAUGUGUGCACAAGUUAAAUCACUUGACACCAUUAUUACCAAUUUAAUCCAAGGUGCAGAGUAUAAUUUUAGGGUGAUUGCAGUUAAUGGCAAAGGAAAGAGUGAUCCAAGAUAUCUAGCACACCCUGUUCUUGUAAAAGACCUUGUGAUUGAACCAUCUGUAAGGACAAAGCUUAGCACAUACAGUGUACAAGUUGGCCAUGACUUGAAAAUCGAAGCACGUAUCACUGGCCAUCCAAAGCCAACCAUUACAUGGACUAAAGAUGGUACAGAGCUGAAACAGACAACAAGAGUUAAUGUUGCAGAUACUGCCCACCAUACAACAUUAUCGAUUAAAGAUGCAACCAGAGACGAUGCUGGUAUGUACACGAUUACAGUAGCUAAUGUACUUGGACAAAAGGAGGCCACAGUUGAAAUCAUUAUACUUGACAAACCUGGUCCACCAACCGGGCCAGUGAGAAUAGAUGAAAUAAGUGCAGAAAGUAUAACACUGUCAUGGGAUCCCCCAACCUACACAGGAGGAUGCCAAAUUUCAAAUUACAUUGUGCAAAAGAGAGAUACCACUACAACUAACUGGGCAGUUGUUUCAGCUACAGUAGCAAGAACUACACUCAAAGUUGGAAAUUUGAAGACUGGAGCUGAGUACCAAUUCAGAAUCUUUGCAGAAAAUAGAUAUGGGAAAAGCUAUGCUAUUGACUCAGAGCCAGUUGUUGCUCAAUAUCCUUUCAAAGAACCAGGGCCCCCUGGAACACCAUACGUGUCUGCCUUUACAAAAGAAUCUAUGGUAGUUGAAUGGCACAAACCAGUUUCUGAUGGUGGCAGUGCUAUUCUUGGAUAUCAUCUUGAAAGAAAAGAAAAGAACAGUAUUCUCUGGACAAAAAUUAAUAAAAUGCUUAUUCAAGACACCAGAUUUAAAACAUCUCCUUUGGAGGAAGGCAUAGAAUAUGAGUUCAGAGUUUCUGCUGAAAACAUUGUUGGAAUUGGUAAAUGCAGCAAAGUUUCUGAAGGUUGUGUGGCCCGUGAUCCAUGUGAUCCUCCUGGCACACCUGUUCCAGUAAUUGUGACAAGGCACUCAGUGAUGCUAAGAUGGACACCACCAGAAUAUGAUGGUGGCAGUCUGGUCACUGGAUACAUUGUGGAAAAACGAGACCUCCCAGAUGGGCGUUGGAUGAAAGCAAGCUUUACAAACAUCCUUGAAACUGAAUUUAUAGUCACAGGUCUGACAGAAGACUCCAAAUAUGACUUCAGGGUCAUUGCUAGAAAUGCUGCUGGAUCAGUAAGCAAGCCUUCUGCAUGCACAGGGCCAAUCACAGCUAAAGAUGAGGUUGAGCCACCAACUUAUGAGAUUGACUCGAAAUACACCCAAAUAAUGAUUGUAAAUGCUGGGGAUACAUUUGUACUAGAAGCAUCUGUAUUGGGGAAGCCAGUUCCAACAAUGCAGUGGUUCAAAGGUGAUGUGGAAGUUGAAACUUCUGCUAGAGCUGAGACUAAGAACACAGACUUCAAAGCAGUCCUUGUUAUCAAAGAUGCUAUUAGAGUUGAUGGAGGACAGUAUACUUUGCAGCUUACUAAUGUUGGGGGAAGUAAAUCUGUGUCUUUUAAUGUAAAAGUCCUUGAUAGACCUGGGCCUCCAUCAGGACCUUUGACAGUUUCAAAUGUAACAAGUGAGAAGUGCUCCUUGUCAUGGCUUCCUCCUGUACAUGAUGGUGGUAGCAGUAUUUCUCAUUACAUAAUUGAAAAAAGAGAAACCAGUCGUCUUACUUGGACAGUAGUGUCUAGUGACUGUGGAGCAUCUAUGUUCAAGGUCACUAAGCUACUAAAAGGAAAUGAAUACAUCUUCCGUGUCAUGGCUGUUAACAAAUAUGGUGUUGGUGAACCUUUAGAGUCUGUACCUGUAAUAAUGAGGAAUCCAUUUGUUCCCCCUGGACCACCUAGAGAACUAGAAAUAACAAAUAUUUCAAGAGAUUCUAUGACUGUGUGCUGGACUCGCCCAGUGACUGAUGGUGGAAGUGAGAUUGUUGGGUACAUUGUAGAAAAGAGAGACAGAGCUGGAGUCAGGUGGACAAAAUGUAACAAACGUAGAAUUACAGACCUUCGCUUCCGAGUUACAGGUCUCACAGAGGACCAUGAAUAUGAAUUCAGGUUAUCUGCAGAAAACGCGGCAGGAGUUGGUCUACCGAGUCCACCAACUCAAUAUUACAAAGCAUGUGACCCAACAUUUAAACCUGCUCCACCAACUAAUGCACACCUAACUGACACCACAAAGAACUCAGUGACGAUUGAAUGGAGUAGACCAAUCUAUGAUGGUGGCCUAGACAUCCAGGGCUAUGUUGUAGAGAUCUGCAAAGCUGAUGAAGAGGAAUGGCUAAUGUGUACACCACCUACUGGUUGGAAGGACACAAAAUUCACAAUAACCAAACUUAUAGAACAUCAAGAAUACAAGGUUCGAAUAUGUGCUCUGAAUAAUCUAGGUGUUGGUGAGCCAGUCACCAUUCCUGGUACAGUAAAGCCUGUUGAUAAAACAGAACAUCCAGAAAUUGAACUUGAUUCCGAGUUAAGAAAGGGUAUCAUUGUUCGUGCUGGAGGAAGCAUGAGAAUUAGCAUUCCCUUCAAAGGUCGUCCAACUCCAGAGAUAAACUGGACUAAGGAUGAUGGAGAUCUACCAACUAAAGCUCAAAUUGAAAAGGGCCUAGAUUAUACCCAGCUCUCAAUUGACAUAUGUGAUAGAAAUGAUGCAGGAAAAUACACCCUUACUCUAGAAAACAGCAGUGGAACCAAGUCAGCAUUUGUUUCAGUGAAAGUACUGGAUACACCAGGUGCUCCACUGAAUCUAACUGUUAAAGAUAUCACAAGAAAUUAUGUAACUCUUGUUUGGGAUCCUCCACUUAUAGACGGAGGAGCAAAGAUAAAGAAUUAUAUUGUGGACAAACGUGAAUCCACUAGACCUGCCUUCUCUAAUAUUACUACAAAAUGCACCAAGACAAGCUUCCGUGUUGGUGAUCUCAAUGAAGGUGGCAUUUAUUACUUCAGAGUCAUGGCUGAAAAUGAGUUUGGAGUUGGUCUUCCUAUAGAAACAGAAGAAUCCGUGAAGACAGCAGAUCCUCCUCUAUCUGUGGGUAAGGUCACAUUGACUGAUGUGACUAAAACGUCUGCAUCACUGUCAUGGGAGAAACCAGACCAUGAUGGUGGUAGUAGGAUUCUAGGAUAUUAUAUUGAAAUGCAGCCAAAAGGAUCAGAAGACUGGGUAGUAGCAACUACUACUAAAACUUGUGAGGGAACAGUCACAGGUCUUAGUGCUGGCCAAGAGUACCUCUUUAGAGUGUUGGCCUACAAUGAUAAAGGGAAGAGUGAUCCAAGGUCACUAGCAGCUCCAGUCAUAGCUAAUGAUAUAACAAUUAAACCAAGCCUCAAACUGACUUUCAACACAUACAGUGUGCAAUGUGGUGGAGAAGUGAAAGUAGAAAUUCCAGUAAAAGGUCGUCCAACACCAAAGGUCACAUGGACUAAAGAUGGCCACUCAUUAAAAGAAACAACUAGACUAAAUGUCUCAAGCACAGCAACAGCAACAGUUCUUACUAUCAAAGAUGCCAAUAGAGAGGAUUCUGGCAAAUAUACAGUAACAGCUAUAAACAAUGUAGGAUCAGUCUCAGAGGAAAUUGGUGUAAUUAUCUUAGACAAGCCUGGCCCGCCUGUUGGCCCUGUUAAAAUUGAUGAAGUAAGUGCCAACUAUGUAAUAAUUUCAUGGGAACCACCUGUGUAUACUGGUGGUUGUCAAAUAAACAAUUACAUUGUGGAAAAAAGAGACACAACUACUACAGCCUGGCAGAUUGUAUCAGCAACCAUUGCACGCACAACAAUCAAAAUCUCUAAGCUGAAAACUGGAUCAGAAUAUCAGUUUAGAGUGUUUGCUGAGAACAGAUAUGGAAAGAGUUCAUCUUUAGACUCUGUACCUGUUGUUGUUAGCUAUCCUUUCAGUGAACCUGCAGCCCCUGGUACACCAUUUGUGUCCUCUGUGACAAAGGAUCAUAUGGCAGUUGAAUGGAAGCCACCUAGUAAUAAUGGAGGCAGCCCUAUUCUUGGAUAUCACAUUGAGCGCAAAGAGAAGAACAGCAUUCUCUGGACAAAACUUAACAAGCUUCUUGUUACUGAUACUCGAUUCAAAACAAAUGGUCUUGAGGAGGGCAUUGAGUAUGAAUAUAGAGUAUUCGCUGAAAAUAUUGCAGGAAUAAGUCCAUCUAGCAAAGUUUCUGAAAGCGUUGUUGCACGUGAUCCAUGUGAUCCACCUGGAACUCCAGAGGCUAUUGUUAUCACCAGAAGCCUUGUCACACUUCAAUGGACAAGACCUCAAUAUGAUGGAGGCAGUGUAGUCACAGGUUAUAUUGUGGAGAGGAAAAAGCUACCUGAUGGUCGUUGGAUGAAGGCUAGCUUUACAAAUAUAAUUGACACUCAAUAUACAAUUGCAGAAUUGACAGAAGGAGACCGCUAUGAAUUCAGAGUAAUAGCAAGAAAUGCAGCGGGCAUUUUAAGUGAGCCUUCUGAAAGCACUGGACCAAUUACUGCACAGGAUGAGAUUGAAGCACCAUCAGUUUCCAUGGACUCAAAAUUCAAGGAUGUCAUUAUCGUGAAUGCUGGUGAGACCUUUAUUAUUGAUGCUGAUAUUGCAGGCAAACCCCUCCCAGAUAUAAGGUGGCUAAAGGAUGGAAAAGAAAUUGACAGUGCUACUCCAAGAAUGGAAAUUAAAUCCACUAUUACACAUACUGUUUUAACCAUUAAAGACUGCAUAAGAGUAGAUGGUGGACAUUUUGUCCUAAGCCUCAGCAAUGUGGGUGGAACAAAACUGGUCCCUGUAAAUGUGAAGGUUCUGGAUAGACCUGGUCCACCAGAUGGACCUCUGAAGGUAACUGGUGUCAGAGCAGAGAAAUGUUAUCUACACUGGAGCCAUCCAACACAUGAUGGUGGAGCAGGUGUUUCACAUUAUAUUAUUGAAAAGAGGGAAACAAGCAGACUUUCUUGGACUAUGGUAGAACCCAAAAUUCAAGCAAUCAGUUAUAAAGUCACCAAACUCUUGCCAGGUAAUGAGUACAUAUUUAGAGUCAUGGCAGUAAACAAGUAUGGGAUAGGAGAACCACUUGAAUCUGAACCAGUUAUUGCACAAAAUCCUUUUAAGAUUCCUGGCCCACCUUCAACUCCAGAAGCAAGUGCAAUCACUAGAGACUCAAUAGUGCUUACAUGGGACCGUCCAGAGGAUGAUGGUGGUUCACAAAUUGAGGGAUAUAUCCUUGAGAAGCGUGAUAAAGAAGGUGUCCGAUGGACAAAGUGCAACAGGAAAAGACUAUCUGAUCUGCGUUUCAGAGUCACAGGAUUAACAGAAGGACACUCUUAUGAAUUCAGAGUGUCUGCUGAAAAUGCUGCAGGUGUCGGCACACCAAGUGGAGCAUCUGAGUAUUACAAAGCCUGUGAUGCAACCUAUCCUCCUGGCCCUCCAAACAAUCCCAAAGUGACAGAUCAUUCAAGUACAACUGUUUCACUUGCAUGGAGUAGGCCUAUUUAUGAUGGUGGUGCACCGAUCUCUGGAUAUAUUGUUGAGAUGAAAGAAGCCUUUGAUGAUGAAUGGACACUAUGUACACCAAACACUGGUGUACAAACAACUCACUUUACAGUGAAAAACUUGAAAGAAAAUGCAGAAUACAAUUUCCGUGUUUGUGCCAUUAAUAUUGAAGGUGCUGGAGAUCACAUUGAUGUUCCAGGCUCUGUAAUUGCUGCUGAGAAACUUGAAGCCCCAGAAGUAGAGUUAGAAGCUGAUCUGAGGAAAAUGGUGACUGUCCGUGCAAGCGCAACACUACGAUUGUUUGUUACCAUCAGGGGAAGGCCUGAACCAGAAGUUAAAUGGACAAAGGCUGAGGGUACCUUAACAGAGCGUGCCCAAGUUGAAGUCACAAGCUCUUACACCAUGCUUGUUAUUGACAAUGUUGACAGAUUUGACAGUGGCAAAUAUAUUUUAACUCUUGAAAACAACAGUGGCACCAAAUCUGCCUUCAUAAAUGUCAGAGUCCUGGACUCCCCAAGUGCUCCUGUGAACUUUGUAGUUAAAGAUAUCAAAAGAGACUCAGUCCAGCUGCAGUGGGACCCGCCACAUAUUGAUGGUGGUGCCAAGAUUACUCAUUAUAUUGUGGAGAAACGUGAAUCUAAAAGAAUGGCAUUUACAACUGUGACAAAUAACUGUGUCAGGAAUUCUUUCAGGGUUGAUGAUCUCCAAGAGGGAGGUGUUUAUCACUUCCGUGUACUUGCAGUAAAUGAACUUGGUGUUGGCUUACCAGCAACCACCACAGAACCAGUGAAAGUGUCCCAAGCACCUCUACCACCAGGUAAGGUUACACUUGUUGAUGUAACUCGGCACAGUGUGAGUCUUUCUUGGGAAAAGCCAGACCACGAUGGUGGUAGCAAGAUAACAGGUUACACAGUUGAGAUGUUGACUAAAGGAUCAGAUAAAUGGACUGUUUGCGCAACAGUAAGAACACCUGAAGCUACAAUUGAAGGUCUUACAACAGGGGAGGAAUAUUCAUUCAGAAUUUCUGCCAUGAACGACAAAGGAAAGAGUGAUCCAAAGCCACUGGGAGCACCUGUGGUUGCCAAAGAUAUCACUAUUGAACCUAUUAUUGACUUGCUAUUUAACACGUACAGUGUUAAAUCUGGAGAAGAUCUCAAAAUUGAUGUUCCAUUUAGAGGUAGACCUCACCCAGAAGUGACAUGGAAGAAGGAUGGCCACACCCUGAAGCAAACAACCAGAGUAAAUGUCCUCACUUCCAAAAUAUCUUCAAAGAUUACUAUCAAAGAUGCAACAAGGGAAGAUGCUGGAAAAUAUGAAAUCACAUUGAUUAAUUCAGUUGGUGUGAAAUCAGAUGAAAUAACAGUUAUCAUUCUAGACAAACCAGGUCCACCAACUGCAGUUAGAGUAGAUGAAGUAAGUGCAGAUCAUAUUUCAUUAUCAUGGGAUCCUCCAGUUUAUGAUGGUGGGUGUCAAAUCAACAAUUAUGUUGUUGAGAAGAGAGAUACAACCACUACAACAUGGCAAAUUGUUUCAGCUACAGUGGCAAGAACAUCGAUUAAAGUAUCCCAUUUGACACAGGGAACUGAAUAUCAAUUCCGUAUUGCUGCUGAAAAUCGUUAUGGCAAGAGCCAAGCUAUUGAUUCUGCACCAAUUGUUGCACAAUACCCCUUCACACCACCUGGCCCUCCAAGUGACCUUCAAAUUGCUCAUGCUACAAAGUCAAGCAUGUUGGUUACAUGGAAAAGACCAGCCAGUGAUGGUGGAAGUCCAAUCAUUGGAUAUCACUUGGAAUGCAAGGGACAAAACAGCAUUCUCUGGACUAAAAUCAGUAGGGGUCUUGUUUCUGAUACACAGUUUAAAGUAACUGGUCUUGAAGAGGGUCUUCUCUAUCAAUACAGAGUAUAUGCAGAAAAUAUUGCAGGAACUGGACCUUGCACAAAAGCCUGUGAGCCUGUUGCUGCAAGAGAUCCAUGUGAUCCUCCAGGUCAGCCAGUUGUUACUAAUAUAACAAGAACUUCUGUUUCUCUGUCCUGGGCAAAACCUGAAAAUGAUGGUGGUGCCAAAGUGACUGGUUACAUUGUAGAGCGAAAAGAACUACCAGAUGGCCGUUGGUUGAAAUGUAACUUCACCAAUCUUCAAGAAACAUUCUUUGAUGUUACUGGCCUGAUUGAAGAUCAGCGAUAUGAUUUCCAUGUAAUUGCUAAGAAUGCAGCAGGUUUACUUAGUCAGCCAUCAGAGUGUACAGGCCCUGUUACAGUGAAAGAUGAUGUUGAACCUCCACGCAUUACAAUUGAGGACAAACUCAGACAAUUAGUUGUAGUCAAAGCAGGAGACAUACUAAGAAUUGAUGCUGAAAUUUCCGGCAGACCAGCUCCUGUCAUUUCGUGGGCAAAGGAUGGAAAAGAAAUAGAUUCUAAAGCAAGAGUUGAAAUUUCUUCAACAUUCACAACCACAACACUAAUUGUUAGAGAGACCAUCAGAAGAGACUCUGGACAGUAUGUUCUCACAUUACAGAAUGUUGCUGGUACCAGAUCUUUAGCAGUGAACUGUAAAGUCCUUGAUAGACCUGGUCCAUCAUCUGGACCAUUGGAAGUAACUGGUUUGACAGCAGAAAAAUGCACAUUAACUUGGGGACCACCCCAAGAAAAUGGUGGUGCUGAAAUUCAACACUACAUUGUUGAGAAGCGUGAAACAAGCCGUCUUGCCUGGACAUUAGUCUAUGCUGACAUGAAGGCCACAACAUGCAAAGUUACAAAACUGCUUAAAGGCAAUGAAUACAUUUUCAGGGUUCGGGGAGUAAAUAAAUAUGGAACAGGAGAAUCUCUGGAGAGUGAGCCUGUUAAAGCCCUAGAUCCAUUUACAAUACCUGCUGCACCAACAAAUGUUGAAGUCACAAGUGUUACAAGCGAAGCUAUGACAAUCUGCUGGGAAAGGCCUGUUUCUGAUGGUGGCAGUAGUAUUAGUGGCUAUGUAAUUGAAAAACGUGAAAAGUCAGGUCUUCGCUGGGUUCGUGUCAACAAAAAGCCUGUUUAUGACUUGAGGGUCAAGGCCUCCAAUCUCCGCGAAGGAUGCGAAUAUGAAUACCGUGUAUAUGCAGAGAAUGCAGCAGGUUUGAGUGCACCAAGCCUUCCUUGCCCAUUGACUAAAGCAGAGGAUCCAUUAUUCUUGCCAUCUCCACCAGCGAAACCAAAGGUAAUCGAUUCUUCUAAGUCCACAGUAACACUCUCCUGGAACAAGCCAUUGUUUGAUGGUGGUUCUCCAGUCACAGGAUACUCAGUUGAAUAUAGGAAAACCAAUGAAGAGGACUGGAUUGUUGGAGUGCAGCACACUAAUAACACAGAGUUCACAGUUGUAGGCCUGACAUCAGGAGCGGAAUAUGUCUUUGUGGUUAGGUCAAUUAAUAAAAUUGGUUCAAGUGAGCCAAGCCCUGAGACUGACCCACAAGUAGCAAAGGACAGAGAAGAUGAGCCUGUUUUCCUCAUUAGUAAUGAAAUGCGAAAAACUUUGAUUGUCAAAGAUGGCAGCUCGUUCACCCUAAGAGUCCCUUUCAAGGGAAAGCCUGUGCCAAAUGUAAUGUGGAAUAAGCCCGAUGUUGAUCUUAGAGUUCGGGCAACAAUUGAUACCACAGAUAAUUGUACAUCUGUCACAAUUGAACAAGCUACCAGAAAUGACUCAGGAAAGUACACUGUGACUCUACAAAAUGUUGCUGGAACGGCCACACUAACCUUGAAUGUGAAAGUGCUCGAUUCACCUGGACCACCUGGCAGUCUCUCUGUUAAGGAAGUGACCAAAAACUCAGCAACAAUAACAUGGGACAUGCCAGAAAAUGAAGGUGGUGCUCCUGUCAAGAACUACCUUGUUGAUCUGCGUGAGGCAAGCAAAAAAGGAUGGACAAGAGUAACAGAAUGUUGUCCCAGACUUACCUUCAAAUUAACUGACCUUCAAGAGGGUGGCGUUUAUUAUUUCCGAGUCACUGGUGAAAAUGAAUAUGGAAUUGGAGUAUCAACUGAAACUAAAGAGGGAACUAAGAUUACAGAAAAACCAAGUCCACCAGCAAAGCUUGGAGUAACUGAGGUUACAAAAGAUUCUGUCUCAUUAGCUUGGAUUAAACCUGAGCAUGAUGGAGGUAGUAGAAUUACCAGUUACCAGGUGGAUGCUCUGGAAAAAGGACAACAAAAGUGGAUAAAAUGUAGUGUCACCAAAUCAACUCAGUUUGUUGUCUAUGGGCUAAGAGAAAAUGCUGAAUACUUCUUUAGAGUUCGUGCUGAAAAUCAUGCUGGACUUAGUGACCCUAAAGAAAUGGUUCUGCCAGUUCUUGUUAAAGAUCAACUAGAGGCACCUGAAAUUAACAUGAAGAACUUUCAACACAAUACUGUCCAUGUAAAGGCAGGUUCAAAUCUUAAAAUAGAAAUCCCUCUUACCGGUAAACCUUUACCAAAUGUACUACUCUCAAAGGAUAAUCAGAUCCUGAAAUCAACCAUGAGAUUCAAUUCUGAAGUAACACCUGACUGCCUUAUCAUCACCCUGCGUGACAGUGUUGCUCAUGAUGCAGGCAGAUAUGACAUUACAGCCUCAAACUCAAGUGGAACCACUAAGUCCUUUGUUAAUAUUGUUGUUCUGGACAGACCAAGUCCACCUCUUGGUCCAGUUGAGAUGUGUGAUAUCACAGAGGACAGUGUAAGUCUGAAAUGGAUUCCUCCUGCUUAUGAUGGUGGCAGCCCAAUCACCAACUAUAUUGUUCUAAAACGUGAAACAACAACAGCAAACUGGGUUGAAGUUUCAUCUGCAGUUGCAAGAUGCACAAUUAAGAUUUUGAAACUAACUACUGGAGUUGAGUAUCAGUUCAGAAUUAGGGCUGAAAAUCGCUUUGGCAUCAGUGAUCACAUUGAUAGUCCAACUGUUACAGUCAGUCUUCCAUACACAAUUCCUGAGGCACCUUCAACACCAUGGGUAUCUUUUGUCACUAGAGAAAGUAUUAAUGUCAACUGGAAAGAACCUUCUUCUGAUGGAGGAAGUCAUAUAUUUGGAUACCACCUUCAAAUGAAAGACAAAAACAGUAUUUUGUGGAAGAAAGUCAACAAAACUGUUAUCCGUGCUACACAUUUCAAAGUGACAGACAUCAGUCCAGGCCUUAUCUAUGAGUUUAAGGUUGCAGCAGAAAAUGCUGCAGGCAUUGGUCCUGUCAGCAAAAUUUCAGAUGCUGUACUGGCAAUUGAUGCUUGUGAAUCACCAACUGAUGUCCGUGUCACUGAUAUCACAAAAAGUUCAAUAAGCCUUGCAUGGAGUAAGCCUUCCUAUGAUGGUGGAAGCAAAGUGACAGGGUAUAUAAUUGAGAAGAAAGAUGGUCCAAAUGGCAAAUGGUUCAAAGCUAAUUUAUCAAAGGUUUCUGACACCAAGUUCACUGUAUCAGGCCUCAUUCAAGAUGAAUCUUAUGAAUUUAGAGUCUUGGCCAAGAAUGCAGUUGGCUCUGUCAGUAACCCAUCUGCUACUGUUGGGCCAGUUACGUGUGUGGAUACCUUUGGUGCUCCUGAAAUUGAGCUUCCUCAGGAAUACCUUGAUGUUGUAAAAUACAAAGCAGAAGAAACCAUCCAGCUUAGAGUUGGUAUUAUUGCGAAACCUCAGCCAACAAUUGAAUGGUACAAAGAUGGAAAAGAGCUGGAAUCUGGACCUCAGUUCUUGAUUUCAAACACCACUGAUUGUACAUGCAUCUCAGUAAAAGAGGCUACACGCUUAAACAGUGGAACAUAUGAACUCAAGAUCAAGAACUCUUUGGGCUCAGCAUAUGCUGCUAUCAGAGUGCUUAUUCAAGACAAACCUGGGCCCCCUUCGGGAGUAAUUCAGUUCAAGAAGAUCACAGCAGACAGUAUAACCAUAAUGUGGGAUCCUCCAGCUGAUGAGGGUGGUGCAAUGGUUACCCAUUACAUUGUGGAGAAACGUGAGAGUAGCAGAAUCAUGUGGUCUAUAAUAUCUGAGAAACUGGAAGACUGUAUUGUCUCUGUUUCAAGGCUGAUCAAAGGAAAUGAGUACAUCUUCCGUGUUCGUGGGGUAAACAAAUAUGGAGUCGGAGAUCCUUUAGAAUCUGAGCCUGUCAUUGCACAGAACUCAUUUGUACCUCCCAGCAAACCUUCCAAACCUCAGGUCACCAUGAUUACUAAAUCAACAAUGACUGUCAUAUGGGAAAGACCAAGUCUAGAUGGUGGCAGUGAUAUUGAUGGAUAUUAUCUGGAGAAGCGAGAAAAGAAGAGUCUACAGUGGUUCAAAGUUGCCAAAGAUCCAAUUCGUGAUACUAGGCAAAAAGUCAGCAAUCUCACAGAGGGAAAUGAGUAUCAGUAUCGUGUUUGUGCAAUUAAUAAAGCUGGUGCAGGUCAAUAUUCGGAUGCAUCCAUUUUCUAUAAAGCAUAUGAUCCCAUUGAUCCGCCAAGUGAGCCGACAAAACUUAAAGUUGUUGAUUCAACCAAGACUUCAAUUACACUUGGAUGGGUGAAGCCUGUGUAUGAUGGUGGCAGUGAAAUCACAAGCUAUGUAGUUGAGCAGAUGAUAGCUGAUGAAAAGGAGUGGAUCACUAUAAGCUCCAAGGGUGAAGUAAGAACCACAGAGUAUGUGGUAUCCCAUUUAAAACCUGGAGUGUACUAUUACUUCCGCAUUUCUGCCGUUAACUGUGCUGGAGUUGGACGCCCAAUUGAAAUUAUUCAGCCGGUACAAGCUAAGGACAUUCUGGAGGAAGCUGAUGUUGAUCUUGAUAUUUCAAUGUCAACUCAAUAUACAGCAAAGGCAGGAAGAGAUGUGGAAAUCAUGAUUCCUCUAAAAGGCAGACCUGCACCAAAUGUCACAUGGCGAAGAGGAGAUAGGAAUAUUGGUGGAGAUGCAAAAUACACAAUUAAUAACACAGAGUAUUCAACAACACUUAUUAUUCCAAAGGUCACUCGCGAUGAUUCAGGAAAAUAUCUCCUGGAGAUUGAGAAUGGAGUUGGUGAACCAAAGUAUAUUACUGUCUCUGUUAAAGUAUUAGACUCACCAUCUGCUUGUAGUAAGUUGGUAGUGAAAAAUGUUACCCGUGGUAAACUCACUCUGAGCUGGGAUCCUCCACUUAUUGAUGGUGGAGCUCCAAUUACAAAUUAUAUAGUUGAGAAGAAGGAUGCUAAACUCAAAGCUUACUCCAUAGUUACAACAGAAUGUGCCAAUACAUCAUACAAGGUUGAAGGCCUUUCAGAAGAGAUUGCCUAUUUCUUCCGUGUGUCUGCUGAAAAUGAAAAUGGCAUUGGUGAUACUUGUGAGACCACAGAACCUGUUAGAGCAACAGAGACUCCUGGUCCUGUAAAGAACCUUGUCAUGACUGACUCAACUAAUACAUCUGUAACUCUGGCAUGGACAAAACCUGAUCAUGAUGGUGGCAGCCAUAUUUCUGAGUACAUCAUUGAAAAGAAGGUAGAUGAUGCUGUGACAUGGAGCCUUGGCGGUACAUGUAGAUGUUGCAAGUAUGAGGUAACAAAUCUUAAAGAGCUCUCAGAGGUUUUCUUCAGAGUGUAUGCCAAGAAUGAGAAGGGUUGCAGUGACUUCUCUCAAAUCGGGCCCAUUACUGUGAAGGAAUUCUUUAUUCCACCAGAAGCUAACCUUAUUGACUAUCCUAAUGGUGAAUUAAGUGUCAGAAUUGGACAAAAUGUGAACAUUGAAUUGCCAUACAAGGGCAAACCCAAACCUACAAUUCAGUGGAUGAAAGAUGAUGUUCCACUGAAGGAAAGUGAACAAGUUCGCUUCAGACAAACAGAAAAUAAAGCUAGUCUAAUUGUGAGAAAUGCAAGAAAGGAGAAUGCAGGAAAAUACACUCUGGUCCUUGACAAUAGACUUGUGAAGAACUUUUUUGAUAUAAAGGUCACCACUCUUGGGCCACCAACUGCACCAGUGGGCCCCAUCCGGUUUGAUGAAAUCAAAGCACAAAGCAUUAUUAUCUCAUGGAAUGAGCCACAGGAUAAUGGUGGUGGAGAAAUCACCUGCUAUAGUGUUGAAAAAAGAGAAACCUCUCAAGCAGCUUGGAAAAUUAUUUGUUCAAGUGUGGUCAGGACCACAUUUAAGAUACCCAAUCUGGUUAAGGGCACUGAAUACCAAUUCAGAGUACGUGCAGAGAACAAAUAUGGAGUAAGUGAUCCUCUCAACUCAGUGGAUGUUGUUGCCCAACACCAGUAUAAGCCACCAGGUCCACCGGGAAAACCUGUUGUAUUUAAUGUCACAAGUGAUGGCAUGACUGUUUCAUGGGAUGCACCCAGCUUUGAUGGUGGUUCUCCUAUUACUGGCUACCAUCUUGAGAAGAAAGACAGAAACAGCCUCCUGUGGAUGAAAGUGAAUUCCAAUGUAAUCUCUGGAAGAGAGUAUAGGGUCAUUGGCCUCAUUGAAGGUCUGGAAUAUUCAUUCAGAGUGUAUGCUCAAAAUAAUGCUGGAACGAGUCCAGUCAGUGAGCAAAGCAAGCACAAACUUGCUAUUUCUCCUGUUGAUCCUCCUGGCACUCCCAACUGCAUUGAUGUUACCAGAGAUUCUGUCACGCUUCAGUGGGAGCCCCCUAAACGUGAUGGAGGCAGUAGGAUUGUGGCAUACAGUGUUGAGAGGCGCCAAGGAAGAGCACGCUGGCUGAGAUGCAAUUUUAUUGAUAUCAGUGAAUGCCAGUAUACAGUGACAGGGCUUGCUUGUGGUGACCGCUUUGAAUUUAGAGUGAUUGCCAGAAAUGCUGUUGGAACAGUCAGUCCACCAUCACAGUCAUCUGGCUACAUUAUGACCAAGGAUGAAAGUGUUAUCCCUGAGAUUCAGUUUGGUGCUGAAAAGACUUUGACAAUUAAGGCUGGAGAAAACAUCAAACUGAGUUGCACUAUUAGUGGGCGCCCUGUGCCUCAGGUUACAUGGUAUAAGGAUGGAAAACAGCUUGACAAAAUGCUUGUUGAUAUCACAACCAGUAUUGGUUCAAGCUCACUGUUCAUUAGAGAUGCUGAUCGUAAUAACCGUGGAAUCUAUACUGUUGAAGCCAAAAACAGCUCUGGAACAACAAAGGAGGAUGUUCUUGUCAGAGUACAAGAUACUCCUGGACCACCUGAGGGCCCACUUCGCUUUACAAAUAUCUCUGCUGAAAAGGCAACUCUAUGGUGGAGUCCCCCAGAGAAUGAUGGCUGUGCAGCAAUCACUCAUUAUGUAAUAGAAAAACGUGAAACCUCCCGUAUUUCUUGGGCACUUGUUGCAUCUAAGUGUGAAGCCUGCUCUUUCAAUGCCACCAAGUUGAUCAAGGGCAAUGAGUAUCAGUUCCGUGUUUCUGCUGUCAAUGCUUUUGGUGUUGGCAAACCACUAGAAUCAGAUCCAAUUGUGGCUAAAAUGCAAUACACUGUACCAGAUGCUCCAGGAACACCUGACUGCACUCAUGUCACAGGAAACAGUCUUACACUCUGCUGGACAAGACCAAGACAUGAUGGUGGAAAUGAGAUAAAGCACUAUAUCCUUGAAAGAAGAGAGAAGAAAAGUUUACAGUGGGUAAAAGUUUCAGCAAAAAGACCAAUCACAGAGCUCAGACACAGAGUUACAAACUUGACUGAAGGAAAUGAAUAUGAAUUCCGUGUUAUGGCUGAAAAUGGGGCUGGUGUAGGACCACCAAGUGGAGUAUCAAGACUAUUUAAGUGCAGAGAGCCUACAAGUGCACCUAGUGCACCAACAGUGGUAAAAGUCAUUGACUCAACAAAGACCUCUGUGACACUGGAAUGGACCAAACCAGUCUUUGAUGGUGGCAUGGAGAUUAUUGGCUACAUUAUUGAGAUGUGCAAAGCCAGUCUUGAAGAAUGGCACAGAGUUAAUAGCCAGACUUGUAUCCAUACCACAUACACAGUUACAGAUUUAGAACCAGGUGAAGAGUACAGAUUACGUGUGUAUGCUGUUAAUGGUGCUGGAAAGGGAGAGGCAUCGGAGAUUCCAAAUCCAGUGCAGGCCAUUGACAGACUGACAUCACCAGAGAUUGACAUUGAUGCAGAUUUCAAACAGACACAUGUUGUUAAAAAUGGAGGAACCGUUAUUCUUAAAAUUCCUUUCCGUGGAAAACCUACACCCCUGGCUACAUGGACAAAAGCAGAUGGAGAAAUUGGUGUGAUGGUAGAUAUUAAUACUACAGACACCUUCAGCACAUUAACAAUUGAAAACUGUACCAGAUAUGAUGCUGGCAAAUACACACUUUCUCUUGAGAACAACAGUGGUCGUAAAUCUAUCACAUUAACAGUAAAGGUAUUGGACACACCUGGGCCACCAGGUCCCCUCUCAUUCAAGGAUGUAACCAGAGGAGCUAUGACUCUCAUGUGGGAUGCUCCAUACAAUGAUGGAGGUGCUCGUGUUCAUCAUUAUAUUAUUGAAAAACGUGAGGCAAGUCGUCUGAGCUGGCAGGAAGUCAGUCUAAAGUGUACGCGCCAAAUUCUCAGAGUGACCAAUCUUGAAGUUGGUAUAGCAUACUUUUUCAGGGUCACAGCUGAAAAUCAGUAUGGUAUAGGUGAACCUUAUGAAAUGUCAGAACCUAUCAUUGCCACUGAGGAGCCUGCACCACCCAAGAGGCUGGACAUUAUUGAUACUACCUCUACAACAGCCACCUUAGUAUGGAUGAAACCUGAGCAUGAUGGUGGAAGUCGUAUCACAGGAUACAUUGUUGAGACCAGAAAGAAAGGUUCUGAUCACUGGGUUGUUGGUGGUCAAACAAAAUCUUUGAAGAUGGUCUUGGAGGGCUUGGUUGAGAAUACAGAAUAUGAAUUCCGGGUCAAAGCAAAAAAUGAUACUGGUAUCAGUUAUCCAAGAGAUGCACUCACCACUGUUAUCAUCAAAGAACCUCGCAUUGAGCCAACUGCUGACCUUAGUGGUAUCAGCAAACAGCUUAUUACCUGUAAGACCGGCAAUUCCUUUGCCAUUGAUGUUCCCAUUAGUGGCAGACCAGCCCCAAAAGUAACUUGGAAACUUGAGGAAAUAAAACUAAAGGAAACAGAAAGGGUUUCUAUCAAAACUUCUAAUGUGAAAACCACCCUACUGGUUAAGGAUGCCAAGAGAGGGGACAGUGGAAAAUAUUACCUUACUCUAGAGAAUGUGGCUGGGGCAAAGACAUUCAGCAUUACUGUAAAUGUCUUUGGCAGACCAAGCCCACCAACUGGCCCAAUUGAAAUCUCAGGAAUCACAUCAGAAUCCUGUGUGUUGGCAUGGGCAGAGCCUACAGAUGAUGGUGGAUCAGAUAUAACUAACUAUAUAGUUGAGAAACGAGAAUCUGGUCAAACUUCAUGGCAAGUUGUGAACUCAAGUGUGAAACGACCAACGAUUAAAAUCACCCAUUUGACAAAAUACAUGGAGUACACAUUCCGUGUCUGUGCAGAGAACAAAUUUGGUGUUAGCAAACCAAUUGAAUCUCAAGCUAUUGUGGCAGAACAUCCAUUUGUACCACCAAGCCCACCUACACGUCCAGAUGUGGUAUUAAUAUCUGCUAAUGCCAUUUCCAUUAAAUGGGAUGUUCCAUAUCAUGAUGGUGGAAGCAAGGUGACUGGAUACUGGAUUGAGAAGAAAGAGCGGAACACUAUUUUAUGGACAAGGGAAAAUAAAAUCCCAUGCAUUGAGUGUCAUUAUAAGGUCUCCAAUCUUAUUGAAGGCCUUGAAUAUCAGUUCCGUGUAUAUGCCAUGAACAUUGCAGGUCUAAGCAAAGCCAGUGAAGCUUCAAGACCAGUGCUGGCUUUGAAUCCAGUUGAUCCACCUGGCAAACCAGAAGUAUAUGACAUUACAAGAUCUUCAGUUUCUAUAAAAUGGUCUGUACCAUUAAGUGAUGGUGGCAGCAAACUUGUUGGAUAUGUAGUUGAACGCAAGGCAUCCACUGAUGAUGAUGAAACUCGUUGGUUGAAAUGCAACUACACUACAAUCACAGACAAUUUCUUCACUGUAUCAUCACUUGAAGAGGGAGCAGCUUAUGAAUUCCGUGUCAUUGCUAAAAAUUGUGCAGGAGUUCACAGUACGCCAUCAGAAUCAACAGGCCCUAUCACAUGCAAGGAUGAAUACACACCACCAAAGGCUGAGUUGGACAGCAAACUUGUUGGUGAGACAGUAACUAUUAGUGCUGGAUCAGACAUUGUUCUUGAUGCUGCAAUAGGUGGCAAACCUGAACCCAGAGUAUGCUGGUCUAAGGGUGAUAAGGAGUUGGAGCUUGGUGAUAAAUACUCAUUGACAUACACCAGUACAAGAGCUAUGGCAAUCAUCAAGUCCUGUAACAGGAAUGAUACUGGAAAAUAUAUAUUGACCGUCAAGAAUGCCAGUGGAAUCAAAACUGCAGCUGUCAAUGUUAAAGUUCUUGAUACCCCUGGUCCUCCAGAUGGUAAGAUAACAAUCAGCAGGGUCACAGAAGAAAAAUGCACAGUUUCUUGGAAGAUACCUCUUGAAGAUGGAGGAGCUUCUAUUUCUCACUACAUUGUUGACAGACGUGAGACAAGUAGGCUCAAUUGGGUUGUCAUGGAGACCGAAUGCAAGACCCUUUCUUGUGUCAGUACAAAACUAAUCAAGAACAAUGAAUAUAUAUUCCGUGUCAGAGCUGUUAACAAAUAUGGAGCUGGAGUACCGCUGGAAUCUGAACCAAUCAUUGCAAGAAAUGCAUAUACUGUUCCAACAUCUCCUGGAACACCAGAAAUUACAGCCGUUGGCAAACAACAUGUCAUUAUUGAGUGGCUGAAGCCAGAGAAUGAUGGUGGUAGUGAAAUAAAAAAUUACCUUGUAGAUAAACGUGAGAAGAGCAGUGUGAGAUGGACCAGAGUAAACAAGACAUUCACCAUCUAUGACACAAGACUCAAGAUAACAGGUCUAUUUGAGGGAAGCGAGUACCAAUUCCGUGUUGCAGCUGUUAAUUCUGCUGGCACAAGCUUACCAAGUGAAGCCUCUGAAUAUGCACUUUGCAGGGAUCCAACAUAUACACCAGCUCCUCCAUCAUCUCCUCGCAUAAUAGAUACUACCAAACACAGCAUUACUAUGACAUGGACCAGACCUAUGUAUGAUGGUGGUUCAGAUGUCACUGGCUAUGUUAUUGAGAUUCUAGAAGAGGGAACUGAACAGUGGUAUAGAGCCAGCCAGAAGAUCCUGACUGCUACUGAAUAUACUGCAGCUGGUUUAACAAGCAACAAGAAGUACAGUUUCAGAGUGGCGGCAGUCAAUGCAAUGGGCACUGGAGAGUUCAGUGAAGGCAGUGUGGAGACUGCACCCAUAGAAAGAGUUGAAAUUCCUGAUAUUGAAUUACCUGAAGAACUGAAGAAGACAGUUUGUCUGAGAGCUGGUAGCAAUUUACGUCUAAAUGCAACUAUACUUGGAAGACCACCUCCAGUUGUUACCUGGAGAAAGACUGGCAUAGACCUUCAGUCACGGGGAUACAUUGACACAACAGAGAGCACUACAACUUUAUUAGUGGAAAAGGUUCAUCGUUAUGAUGCUGGAAAAUACACAAUUGAGGCUGAAAAUCCAUCUGGCAAGAAGAUAAUUACCAUUCUUGUCAAGAUAUAUGAUUCCCCUGGUCCCUGUGGUGCAGUCAAGGUCAAGGAUUACACUAAAGAAUCAGUUGUCAUUACAUGGGAUGUCCCUACUAUUGAUGGAGGGGCUCCUAUCAACAAUUACAUUAUUGAAAAACGUGAAGCAUCAAUGAAAUCUUAUAAAACUGUGACAAUGGAAUGCAAGAAGACAUUGUACAGAAUCACUGGGUUAGAGGAAGGAACAAGAUACUUCUUCAGAGUACUGCCUGAAAACAUAUAUGGUAUUGGAGAACCUUGUGAAACCACUGAUUCUGUGCUGGUAUGUGAAAUUCCUUCUGUUCCUCAAGAUUUGCAAGUCAUUGACAUUACAAAGUCCACUGUCAUUCUUGCCUGGGAGAAACCACUUUACGAUGGUGGCAGCAAACUGACUGGUUAUGUUAUUGAAGCCUGUAAGAAAGAAACUGACAGAUGGAUGAAUGUUGCUAAUGUGAGAGCAUCAGUGUUUCAGCACACCAUAGAUUCUCUGAAUGAGAAUGAGCAAUACUUAUUCAGAAUCAAAGCUGAGAACAGCAGGGGGGUCAGUGAGCCCAGAGAACUGAUGACACCUAUAAUUAUUCAGGAACAGAGAGUUAUGCCAAAGAUCGAUCUGGCUAGCAUUCCUCAAAAGAUUGUAAAUGUUCAUGCUGGCAAGCCAAUUGUGCUCAAUAUUCCCAUCAUUGGAAGACCUACACCAACUUGCUCAUGGUUCUUUGGUGGCAUUAAGAUGAAAGACAAGCUUGACCGCAUUAAAAUUGAGACAACUGCUAAGUACACUAAAUUAAUGGUUCGUGAAACUACUCUUGAUGAUACUGGUGACUAUACUCUUGAAGUAAAGAAUAUAACAGGAGUAGCUACAGAAAUCAUCAAAGUCAUCAUUCUUGAUAAACCUGGCAUUCCAGUUGGGCCUAUGAUAAUCGAUGAAAUUGAUGCCAAUUCUGUAACAUGUAGUUGGGAACCACCAGAGAAAGAUGGAGGUGCCAAUGUCAGUGGCUAUGUAGUUGAACAACGAGAUGCUCAUCGCCCUGGUUGGCUGACUAUUUCUGAGUCUGUUACAAGACCCACAUUCAAAUUCACUAGACUUACUGAGGGAACAGAAUAUGUGUUCCGUGUGGCUGCAACAAAUCGUUUUGGCAUUAGUGCAUUCCUUCAGUCUGAAGUUGUUGAAUGCAAGAGUACCAAGACUGUUCCUGGUGCACCAAGCACACCUGAAAUAUUUGAUGUGUCCCAUGAUGGUAUGACACUCACUUGGAAACCACCAGAGGUUGAUGGUGGAUCCACACUGGCUGGCUACAUCAUUGAGCGUAAAGAAACUAGAUCUGACAGAUGGGUACGCAUCAACAAGAAUCCAGUGACAAUGACAAGAUACAGAUCAACUGGACUAGUUGAAGGUCUGGAAUAUGAGUACAGAGUAACAGCUAUGAAUUCUAGAGGCACUGGCAAACCGAGUCUGAGCUCAAAACCAGUGAUUGCAAUGGAUCCUAUCGAACCUCCAGGCAUACCUUUGAACCCAAGAGUCACAGAUACAACCAGGACAUCGGUUUCACUGGCAUGGUCUCCCCCAGAGGAAGAGGGAGGUGCCAUCAUCACUGGUUACCUAAUAGAGAUGCAGAAAGUUGACCAGAUUGAAUGGACCAAAUGUAAUACAACUCCAACAAAGAUUUGCGAAUACACACUGACGCAUAUGCCCCAAGGUGCUGAGUAUAGGUUCCGUGUGAUGGCAUGUAAUGCUGGUGGACCUGGAGAACCAGCUGAUAUUCCAGGAGUAGUUAAAGUCACAGAAAUGCUUGAAUAUCCUGAUUAUGAGCUGGAUACAAAGUACCAGGAGGGUUAUGUCGUCAGACAAGGUGGAGUUGUCAGACUUUCUGUGCCAAUCAAGGGAAAACCAUAUCCAACCUGUAAGUGGACAAAAGAAGGCCGUGAUAUUUCUCAAAGAGCUAUGGUUGCUACCAGUGAAGAACGCACAGAGCUGGUGAUCAAGGAAGCUCACAGGGAUGAUACUGGAACCUAUGAUCUUGUGUUGGAGAACAAAUGUGGAAAGAAAGCAGUGUAUAUCAAGGUUAAAGUUAUUGGCCGCCCAGAUCCACCUGAAGGCCCUCUGGAAUUUGAUGAUAUUCAAGCUCGUUCUGUAAGAGUGAGCUGGAGACCUCCCUCGGAUGAUGGUGGCUCUGAUGUUCUUGGAUACAUUGUGGAGAGACGUGAGGUUCCAAAGGCAGCAUGGUACACUGUGGACUCUCGAGUGGUUGACACUUCACUAGUUGUCAAAGGACUGAAAGAAAAUGUUGAGUACCACUUCAGAGUUUCAGCAGAGAACCAGUUUGGAAUUAGUAGAUCUCUGAAAUCAGAUGAAUCAGUUAUUCCAAAGACACCACUCUGUCCACCUGAGCCUCCCAGCUUUCCUCCAGAAAUUAUGGAUGUCACAAAAACCACUAUUGGAUUGUCUUGGUCAAGACCAAAAGAUGAUGGUGGCUCUCGUGUCACUGGAUACUAUAUUGAAAGAAGAGAGUUAUCAACUGAAAAAUGGGUGCGUCACAACAAGACUCACAUCACGACCACAAUGUAUACUCUCACUGGCCUUAUCCCUGAUGCAGAGUAUCAGUUCCGUGUGAUUGCUCUGAAUGACAUUGGUCAAAGUGAGCCUGGACCUGUAUCUGAAGCAGUUGUGUGCAAAGAUCCAUUUGAUAAACCAAGCCAACCAGGUGACAUUGACAUCAUCUCAGUUACCAAGGAUUGCAUCACCAUUCAUUGGUUGCGCCCAGAAUCUGAUGGUGCGAAAGAAAUUCUUGGAUAUUGGAUUGAGUUCAGACAAGCAGGUGAAAGUGCCUGGAAAAAAUGCAACAAAGAGCGUUCAAAAGACAGGCAGUUUACCAUGGGUGGUCUCAUGGAGGCAACAGAAUAUGAAUUUAGAGUUUUUGCUGAAAAUGAAACCGGAUUGAGCAGACCCCGUAGAACUGCCAUGGGCAUCAAAACCAAACUGAGUGUUGGAGAAGCACCAAGUCUAAAGGAAGAAAUAAAAGAAAGUACCACUAAUUUGGGCGAAUCUGGAACACUAACUUGCCAAAUUAUAGGAAGACCUCUUCCAGAAAUCAAGUGGUAUAGAUAUGGAAAGGAACUGAUUCAGAGUCGCAAAUAUAAAAUGAGCUCUGAUGGCAGAAGUCAUUCUCUCACAGUAUUAACAGAUGAACAGGAAGAUGAAGGUCUGUACACUUGCCGGGCCGUCAAUGAUGCAGGUGAGAUUGAAACCAGUGGGAAGCUUCUUUUGCAGGCUGCACCUCAGUUCCAUCCUGGAUUCCCUUUGAAGGAAAAAUACUAUGCUGGCUGUGGAACAAGCCUACGUCUCCAUGUUGUCUAUAUUGGACGUCCAAUUCCACAAAUCAUGUGGUUUUAUGGCAAGAAACCUCUAAAUCCAUCAGAGAAUGUUAUUAUUGAAAACACAGAGCAUUACACUCACUUGGUCGUGAGAAAUGUUCAGCGGAAGACAAAUGCUGGCAGGUACAAGGUGCAACUGAGCAACAAAUUUGGUUCAAUUGAUACAGUGCUACGUGUUGAAAUCCAAGAUAAGCCUCUGAUUCCUGAAGGGCCAAUAAUUGUUGAAGCCCUCUUGAAGAACUCUGUGAUCAUAAGUUGGAAACCACCUAAGGAUGAUGGUGGUUCAUUGAUCACAAACUAUAUUGUAGAAAAACGUGAAGCAAAGGAAGGAGAACAAUGGAAUCUUGUGUCAUCAUGUGUCUCAGGAACCACAUGCCGCAUUCCAAAUCUAAUUGAAAGUGCUGGAUAUUAUUUCCGUGUUUCUGCACAGAAUCAGUAUGGUAUUAGUGAGUCAUUAGAGAUUCCUGCUGUUGUCAUCAUCAAGAGUCCAUAUGAAAAACCUGGAAUUCCCCAAAAGCCAGUGGUUACUUCAGUUGCAGAAGAUUCCUGUGUUGUUACAUGGAAACCCCCAACCAGUGAUGGUGGUGCCAAAAUUAAGAAUUACUAUCUGGAGAAGAGAGAGAAGAAACAGAACAAAUGGAUUGCAGUUACAACUGAAGAAAUUCAAGAGACAAGCUAUACUGUUAAAGGCCUUAUUGAAGGCUUUGAGUAUGAAUUCCGUGUCAAAUGCGAGAACAUUGGUGGAGAGAGUGACUGGAGUGAGAUUUCAGAACCUGUCAUUCCAAAGUCAGACACAGCUCCUCGUGCUCCUUUCUUUAAAGAGGAGCUGAGAGAUAUGUGUGUUAAAUAUAAAUCCAAUGCAACCUUUGUUACUAAGGUCAUUGGACACCCCAAACCAAUAGUAAAAUGGUACAAGAAUGGCAAAGAAAUUUUACCAGAUGGUGAGAAAAUCAAGAUCCAAGAAUUCAAAGGAGGCUACUACCAACUUGCUAUUACUAAUGCAGAUGAGAAUGAUGUAGCUGUUUACCAGAUUAGAGCCACAAAUCAGGAAGGAUCAAUUUCUACAACUGUAACACUUGAUGUUGAAGUUCCUGCCAAGAUUCACUUGCCAUUACACCUACAAGGUAUGGGAGCUGUUCAUGCUCUCUGUGGUGAGGUAGUCACCAUCAAGAUUCCGAUCAGUGGUAAACCAGAACCUGCAGUCACGUGGCAGAAGGGACAAGAAAUACUGAAUAACACAGCAUAUCAUCAAGUGAUUGUAACAAGAUCCUUCACAUCCCUUGUGUUCCAAAAGGGAGUGCAAAAGAAAGAUGCUGGCUAUUAUAUAAUUUGUGCCAAAAACAGAUUUGGUGUUGAUAAACAGACAGUUGAACUUGAUGUUGCUGAUGUACCUGAACCACCUAAGGAUGUUAAAGUAAGUGAUAUUGGAAGAGAUACCAUCACACUUACAUGGACUCCUCCAAAUGAUGGUGGAAGUGAUAUCAUCAGCUACAUAGUAGAGAAGUGCCCAGUAUCUGGUGAUAGGUGGAUUCGUGUUGCCCAGACAUCUGAACCACAUUAUACUGUAAUGAGCCUAUUUGGUAAAACCAAAUAUCAGUUCCGUGUUAUUGCAGAAAACAGAUUUGGUCUGAGUAACCCAUCUGUGCCAACUGAACCUGUAACGGCAAGAGAAGACAAGUUAGCUAUUAGAAAUUAUGAUGAAGAAGUAGAUGAAGAAAGAGAAGUUACGAAAGAAGAAGCACCUCAUUCCAAAGUUAAGAAUGUGCCAUCUCUUUACAAAAUCUCUGAGGAACUAGCACGAUGUGGACACUUUGGUAUUGUUCAUCGUUGUAUUGAAAUUAGCUCCAAGAAGACUUUCCUGGCUAAACACAUUAAGGUGAAAGGAGCCGAUAGAGAGCUAGUUGCAAGAGAGAUUGAAACACUCAAUAUUGCAAGGCACAAGAACUUACUGUAUCUUCAUGAGUCAUUUGAUAGCUUGGAGGAAUAUGUUCUGAUCUAUGAAUUCAUAUCAGGUAUGGACAUCUUUGAACGUCUUGGAACAAAUUUUGACCUCACCGAGAGGGAAAUUGUUCUGUACCUGAGACAAAUUUGCCAGGCUCUAAAGUUCCUGCAUGGCCUCAAUUAUGGUCAUUUUGACAUACGACCUGAAAACAUUGUCUACACCACAAGAAAUAGCCAAACAAUCAAGAUAAUUGAAUUGGGCCAAGCCAGGCUGCUGACACCUGGAGAAAAUAUCAGAAUUCAGUUCACAACACCUGAGUAUUAUGCACCUGAAAUCCACAGUAGUGAUUUUGUUACAACUGCUACAGAUAUGUGGUCGGUUGGAGUUCUUGCAUAUGUGCUCCUUAGCGGCCUCAAUCCUUUUGCAGCUGAAUCAACUCAUAAAAUGAUCGAGCGGAUUUCCAAUGCUGAAUACAUAUUUGAUACUGAAGCCUUCAAAUAUGCCAGUCUUGAAGGCAUGGACUUCAUUGACAGGCUUCUUACUAAAGAACGCAAACAUCGUAUGACUGCAUCUGAAGCUCUGGAACAUCCAUGGCUCAAGAUGAAAAUAGAAAACAUUAGUUCUAAAGUCAUAAAGACCUUAAGACAUAGACGAUAUUACCAGUCAAUAAUCAAGAAGGAGUGGAGCACUGUUAUUUCAGCAGCUCGUGUUGCAUAUGGUGGUGGUUACCGAAACCAGAGAAAUGUUUCUAUUGGCAGAGUGAAAAUUGGACAUCCAGAAAAAGGCCUGAGAGCAGGUCCAGUCAUGCAUGGCUCUGCUGAAAUCGGUGGUCAUGUUCGUUUUAUGUGUACCAUUGAAAACUAUGACAAGACCACAGAGGUGACAUGGUACUUUGGCUCUCGUAAACUGACAGCAAGUCACAAGUAUGAAAUCAACUAUGCCAAUGGAGUUGCAAGCAUAUAUGUGAAAGACAUUGAAGAAUGCGAUGAUGGACUAUACAGAUGCAAAGUUGUUAGUGAAGACAGGGAAGACAAUGCCUACGCAGAGCUGUUUGUUGAGAGUGUGAGAUCCUACCGAGAAUACUUCCUGGGACGUACACUCAAGAAACCCAAGCGUAGAAUUGAUAAAACCAAACUUCUACAAAGGCCACCGGAGUUUACUCUGCCACUGUACAAUCGUACAGCAUAUGUUGGAGAGGAUGUACGCUUUGGUGUGACAAUAACUGUUCAUCCAGAGCCACAGGUUACUUGGCUAAAGGCAGGACACAGAAUCAAACCUGAUCCUACAAAAUAUACAUUUACAACUGACAAGGGUCUUUAUCAGCUAAUGAUUCACAAUGUUGAGCCUAGUGAUGAUGGCGAGUAUACUGUUGUGGCAAAUAACAAGUUUGGUGAAGACAGCUGUAAGGCACGCUUAACAGUAACACAUCACACUGUUGCUGAAGACACAAUGAGGCCAAUGUUCAGACGCCUCUUAGCAAAUAUUGAUUGUGUUGAGGGAGAGAGUGUCCAUUUUGACUUGAGAGUGUCAGGAACACCACCACCAACCCUGAAAUGGGAAAAAGAUGGCAAGCCUCUUGAAUUUAGACCACAAGUUGAAGUUGUUCAAGAAGACGUCGGAUAUUAUGUCCUCCAUAUUAGAGAAACACUAAUUGAGGAUUCAGGCAUCUACAGAGUUACUGCAACAAACUCUGCUGGUUCAGCAAGUUGCCAAGCCACACUCAAGGUUGAACGCUUAACUUACAUUAGGAGGGAGUUCAAGAGUGAGGAAGACAAGCAGGUAUAUAUACAAAAUCAAAUAAAAAAGACCCUAAAAAUGGCACAGGAAUUCUCAACAGCAGAAGUGACUGCACUUAAUCCUGCAGCCCAAGAGGCACUGAAAGAAGCUGCCGAACUGUACAAACCUGCAGUGAGUACCAAAAAUGUGCAGGGUGAGUUUGAUAUCUCUGACAAAGAAGAUAAGGAAAUUAAAAGAAUUAAAGAAGAGAGUAGGAAGAUCAGAAUGCCUUAUGAAAUUCCAGAAGCUCGUGUACAUGAUCCAACUGUUCUUGAGGAAGAUAUGAAUAUUAAACAUUUUGUGCCUUUAUCUGACAUGAAGUGGUACAAGAAACUUCGUGAUCAGUAUGAAAUUUCUGAACGCAUUGAGAGAGUUGUACAGAAGAGACAGAAACGCAUCCGACUAUCCAGGUGGGAACAGUUCUAUGUCAUGCCACUUCCUAGAAUCACUGAUCAAUACAGGCCAAGAUGGCGUAUUCCAAAGCUUACACUAGAUGAUUUGGAAACUGUAAGACCAGCUAGGCGCUCCCCAUCUCCUGAGUCAGAAAUCUUCAGACAGAGAAGGCGUUCCCUGGGUGAUCUUUCAGAUGAAGAUCUCCAACAUGUAGAAGAUUAUCAGACAAAGAGAAGAAUUGAAGAAGAGAAGCAACAGCUUGAGGAGGAACUUGAACUUGGUUUCUCUGCCUCUCCUCCAAGUGGUAGCCCUGUUCGCUUUGAACUGCAUGCACUACGCUAUGCAUCACCCAGGAUUGUGCAUAAAGCUGAAGUGAAACACACAGAGGAAACAAAACUUGCAGUGACAACAAAAAAACCUACUGCGUCCCCACCCCCCAUUUCCCAUUUCAUGAGAAGGAGGAGAUCUCUCUCUCCAACAUAUAUUGAAUUAAUGCGCCCUGUCUCUGAAUUGAUAAGACCAUCCCGGGCACCAGUGGAAUAUGAAGUUGAGGCAGUUGAAAGGAGGUCCCCAACUCCCGAGAGGACACGACCACGUUCCCCUAGCCCUGUGUCUCCUGAAAGAAGAUCAUCAAGAUCUUCCUCUAGGUUUGAAAGGUCUGCAAGGUUUGACAUCAUGUCUAGAUAUGAGGCAAGAAAAGCUGCUCUGAAAUCUGAGCGCAAGUAUCAAGUUGUAACACAACAACCCUUUAGCCUUGAUCAUGCUCCACGAAUCACAGUUAGAAUGCGCUCACACCGUGUACCAUGUGGUCAGGACACUAAAUUCACAUUGAAUGUCCAAUCAAGGCCAGAAGCUGAAAUUCAGUGGUUCCAUAAUGGACAACAGAUUCAAGAAAGCAGUAAAUACCUCUUUACAAACAUGAGUGGUGUCUUAACCCUCCAGAUUACUGAUUGCCAGGCAGAGGAUAGUGGUACAUACCGUGCUGUCUGUACCAACUCAAAGGGAGAAGCAUCUGACUAUGCAACACUCGAUGUAUCAGGAGGAGCAUUUACUACAUAUUGCUCAAGACGCAAAGAUGAGGAGGCUCCAACAGCCUUUGUACCUGAUGUGCUAAAGACAGACUAUUACCAUACAUCAUCAAUCAGGGCAUCAUCUGCUUCAAGGACACACAUAGAGAUCAAAGAAACCAAGACAAAGUUUACUGAGAGACAAGAAGUUUCCGGGAUUGAAAAAUAUGAGUCUGAAAGACUUGCAUCAUCCCCUAUCAGAUAUGCAUCUACCGAAUACCUGUCAUCUGCUUCGUAUUCAUCCUCAGAACGAUAUGCAUCAUCUGAAUACAAGGCAAAGUCUGUUGAGUCCUCAGCUACAGCAAGCAUAACUGCUAAGAAAAUCAAAGCCACUCUAUCAGCAAAAAUACUUACCAAACCAUACUCUCUAACAGUAUCAUUGGGGGAGUCUGCAAGAUUUACCUGUGAUAUUGAUGGCAAACCAGCACCAAAUGUCACAUGGAUGCAUGAACAACAUGCUGUUGUCACUUCUCAUCGUGUACGUGUGACAACAACGCAAUACAAGUCUACAUUUGAAAUAACUUCUGUAGAUUAUUCUGAUGAAGGCACUUACACAGUAGUGGUAGAAAAUUCGGAAGGAAGGGAAGAGGCAAAGUUUACUUUAAACAUCUACAAGCCACCAAAAAAAGAGGAGCCUGUUACACCAUCCCAUCCAGUUAAAUCUCAUGAGCCAGCAGUGAAGUCACCUGAACCUUCAGUGAAAUCACCAAAAACAUCUGUAGAAUCACUAGGACCUUCAGUGAAAAGUCCUACAGCACCUGUUACAUCUCCUGUGCAAUCAGUAAAGUCUCCAGAACCAUCAGUAAAGCCUCCAGAGCCAUCAGUUAAAUAUCCAGAGCCCUUGGUAAAAUCACCAGAACCCAUUGGAGUCAAGUCCCCUGAACCACGGAUUAAGUCACCUGAGGGUGGCAAAUCACCACUACGAGUCAAGUCUCCUGAGCCUGCCACUGCCGCUCCUAGAGUUAAGUCACCUGUCCCUGCAAAGCCCUCAGAAGCAACUGCAUCCCCUCUUAGGAUUAAAUCUCCCACAGCUGUAAAGUCUCCUGAACCAGGAGCAUCUCCUCCAAGAGUGAAAUCACCACCUCCAGCUAAGUCUCCAGAGCUCAUAACCUCACAACAAAGAGUUAAAUCUCCCACAGGCAUUAAGUCACCAGAGCCAGUCAGCUCUCCUCAAAGAGUAAAAUCCCCACCAGCAGCCAAGUCUCCAGAGCCGAUAAUGUCACCAAAAAGGGUUAAAUCUCCUCUCACUGUGAAAUCACCAACUCCUUCAAAGGAUGUACCCCCAAAGAUUCUCCAGCAACUUAAAGCUGAGGCAUUAGAAGACAAGGUGAAGAUGACCUGUGUUGCUGAAAGCUCUGUAAAGGAUGUUGUGUGGUACAAAGAUAGCAGGAGACUUAGUCAGAGUAGCCAUUAUCAGAUCCAUACUUCUGCUGAUGGCACUUGUUGUCUCUAUAUAUCGGAUGUGUCUGAGAAGGAUCAGGGGGAAUAUUCCUGUGAAAUAAUUGCAGAAAGUGGAGCAGUUUCAAAAACAUCAUUCUCCUUCUUUGGUCAAGUGUUCCAGUCCAUCUACACAAAAAUAACAACGUUUGUGUCUUCACACAUGGCUGUUAAAGAAUCAGUGUCCUCCAAGGCCCAUGAGGGGUUUGAAAUGCUUAAGAAAGAGAGUGCUACUCUCAGCAGUAUGCAUGAGAGUUUCUCUUCAAAAUCCAUCCACACAGAGAGCACAAUGCAAGAAACAUCAUACAGCAGUUCCACAAUGGCUGAGAUGAAAUUUGAAACAAUGUCACUGUCCAGCAUGUCCUCCAUGACUUCUGAAUCACUGUAUGCUUUAAGCUCAAGCAGUAUUAUGUCAAGUCAUUCACAUGCUGAGGGAUCCUCAAUAAGAGCCACUCUACUCAGUGGUCAAGGUUCAGCACCAAAAAUUGAAGCCCUACCUGAAGACAUCAGCAUUGAACCUGGGAAGGUUUUGACCAUAGCAUGUGCAUUCUCUGGAGAACCUUCUCCACACAUUGAGUGGUCUCGUGGUGGUAAAACACUUUCAACUGCAGAAGAGAGUGACAGGUUCCACAUUGAGACUACGGAGGACCUGACCACACUCAUAAUCACUAGUGUAAAGUCUAGUGACGCUGGGGUAUACACCCUCAAACUUUCCAAUGAGCAUGGGUCUGACAAGGCAAGAGUCACCAUUAGUGUUCGUUCACUAUAAUUCUAAUAAUGAUACUUUCUUCCCCCUUCUCUCAUUAUAUGCCUUUUUAUUUAUUGAAUAAGGAAAAAAAGAUAUUUACUUGAUAAAUACCUAGAUAUCUAUUCCUGUAAAUAUGAAAUAUUUUUAUAUCAAACUUGACAUUAAUUUAUGCCGAACUAGACUAAAGUCUAAAGUUGUUAUAAAAAUGUGCCAUUUUGGAUAAUUAUGACUAGGAUUUUUGGUCAAUUUUUUGUGACGUGUACAUAAUGUAUAUAGCCGAAUUUACCGGUUAUGGGAAAUGUAUGAAUUGUUAUUUAAGACGAUAUUAACUAAAACAAAUGGAACUAAUUGUUUAUCAGGAGAAAGUUUCUCAUGGAACGAAUACCCUGUUAAACCUGGAACUAAACUUAGUGCCUCAACAAAAAGUUGAAGACUUAAGAUUGCCUCAACAGGUAGAGAGGCUCCCUGUUGAAGUUUUACUAAAUUUACGAGACAAAGCUAUACACUGUAUGUGUACAAGUGAUAUAAUUAUUGUCACAUGAAUUUAUAACUUGACCAUAAGACCUUGAAUGCUGCGUGCAAUUACCCUCAUGUAAUCAGUAUGACUAGGUCUUGUGUUCAAACUGAUUAUGUCGUACCACCAUUUUUAAGACAUGCUCAAAGUGCGAGCGGCCUGCACUUCCUGAGCUAAAAUUUUUUAAUGUGCUCUGUUUCUGGUAAGGGAUUGCUUGAAUGGACUUUCAAAAUGAACAUCUCCUGGCCAAAAAUCAAAGUCUAUCUUGUACUUCUUUGCAGAAGCAGAGCCUCCUCUUGGAGGAUUGCUUUGUUGCAUUGUGUGUGUGUACUAGUUGUAGAACUCAUCUUCACAGUUGCUGGGCAAAAAAGCGUACCACAAGGACAACAUCUAAUGUGGAAAUAAACAUCUCAAACCAGGAACUAUAUGCCCUAUAUUUUGGUUUGAUUUUAUGUAGAAUUGUAGUAUUACUAAUGAAUGCAACCUCCUUGAGCCUUAUAAUUGAUUCAAUAAAGCAUGUUUUCAGCACUAAAA